AUGAGUGAGCUGUUGUCACUGACAAAUGUUGAAUAAACUUAGCUGAGGAACUUAUACUGCCUUGGGCUGCUGACUUUUUCCGAACAUUUAACGUUGGUGACGAGGAUGGGAUAGAUGAGCUCCCGCCGGCUUUCAGAGACCCAAGACCGCACCACAGCACCGCCGCCUGCCGCCUCGCAGUAAGCGUGACCUCACCGCCAUGCUGGAUUCAGCAAAUAGUCCUGGAAACGAGACUUCGCAACCACCCACAAUAGCACAGAUCCGAGGAUGGCUACCAGUCAUAGUCGGCCACCACCAGACUUCGAUAUGAGCCAUCCUACAGAAUGGCCACAGUGGCAAACAUUUAACAUUGAGGGAGCCGGUGUUUGUCCGCAGACAGUUUUUCCAGGUCAUGUAGCCAGCAUGACUAAGCCGCUUCUGGCAAACCAGAGCAGCACACGGAAACACCGUUUACCUUCCCGCCGGAGUGGUACCUAUUUAUCUACUUGCACUUUGAUGUGCUUUCGAACUGCUAGGUUGGCAGGAGCUGGGACCAAGCAACGGGAGCUCACCCCGUCGCGGGGAUUCGAACAGCCGACCUUCCGAUCUGCAAGCCCCAGCCUCAGCGCCACCCGCAUCCCCGGUGAUGAAGGUAUUGAGUUGCGAAUUCACCAUCUUGAAAGGGUGGCAGCUGUUAGUCUCUCUGAAAGCUAGAGAGACAACAAUGAGCUGCAUAGCCUAAGGCCAAUGGUGGCUGGAAUGGGGUAGUAGUGACACAGUUUAGAUUUUUGGAAUCUUGUUUCUAAGAUGACGCUGAGCCUGUGCUGGGCAGCACAAGACAUUGUAUAGAUAUUUUGGUUGUGUCUUUGAUGCUUAUGUUUUGUUUCAAUGAGUUCUGCCAGUAAAAGUUUGAAUAAUGCUUUUAUGGGCCUGGAGAAUUAUUCAUUUCCAAAAGGAGUAAAUGCUUCCAGUCGCUUCAAACUGAGCAAUAUUAAUAUCUGCAACAACCUUUCUCUCUGAUACAGCCAGGUGGAACAGUUGUUGGUGGAGAUAAUCCCUGGAGCAAAACAGUCCGUCAGUCCUUCAGCUGAUAUGGCUACUAGUUCUUUCACAUGAUUAGUCAUAUGGCAACUUGAUUCAGACAAAAUUCUGCUUGGGGAUUUAAAAAAAUAAUACUGCUCAGCUAAAGCUGUUACAGCUGAAAGUAGAAGGAGAAUGAAUCCUUACUUUCAUUUUAGAAACACUGCACCAAGUAUGUUUCCUUCCAACUACUACUGGUGAUUAGGGAAGAAUAAGAAGUUUAAGCUAAAUCUUCUUUUAUACAUCAAAUAACCUCACUCCCCAAAUUCUCUAUUCUCUUCUGAUUAUAAAGGAGCUCUUUAGCUGGCGAUACCUCUGCUGGUUCUCAUGUUGAGGUUUCUAAGACAGCUGUAAAAGCUUUGUGGGUUUUAUCAUAGAGUUGUAAGACCCAAGCCUGUGUACUUCUACAGAUGGUUUAACAAAAACACUCCUUGCCAUCCCCAGUUGAAGGAUUCAGUGUCGAUGCUUCAUUUGUCAACAUCUGGAUGGAAAUUUCUCCAUCUUCUAGUACCUUAAUGGGUGAAGCGAUGGAUACUCACUAGAGAUCGUGCAUUACUGUACAGUGGUACCUCAGGUUACAUACGCUUCAGGUUACAUACGCUUCAGGUUACAGACUCUGCUAACCCACAAAUAUUUUUUUUUUUUUUUUUUUUAAAGCAAUUUAUUGGAUUUUACAAUAGGAAUAAAUGUAACAAACAAUAUAACAUUCGUCUUAACGUAAUUUCACAUUUUCUUUGGACUUCCUCACAUCUCCCGCUCCCACCUUCAUCAUUAUAACAUUUUGUCAGCAAUUUAUCAUCUUAUUUAAAUUCUUAUGUCUCUUCGAUAUUUCAUAAUCUUAUAGUUCUCAUAAAGAGUUAAACUUUCACAAUUUUUCUUAUUUUCUUAAAAAACUUCUAAGUUAAGUGGUGCUCAGUUAUUUAGACAAGCAUCUUAUUCAGCAUUCAAUCAAAUCACAAUGUUUUUGCAGGUAGUUCUUAAAUUUCUUCCAAUCCUCCUCGAUUCUCUCUUCUCCCAGGUCACGGAUUCUGCCAGUCAUUUCAGCCAGUUGCAUAUAGUCUAUCAGUUGCAUCUGCCAUUCUUCCAGUGUGGGUAGAUCUUGAGUUUUCCAAUGUUUUGCGAGUAGUAUCCUUGCUGCUGUUGUUGCAUACAUAAAAAAUGUUUGGUCCUUCUUUGCCACCCCUUGGCUGACAAUACCCAAAAGGAAAGCCUCUGGUUUCUUAGUGAAGGUAUAUUUAAAUACCUUUUUCAGUUCAUUAUAAAUCAUUUCCCAGAAUGCCUUCACUUUAGGGCAGGUCCACCAGAGGUGAAAGAACGUUCCUUCACACUCUUUACAUUUCCAACACUUGUUAUCAGACAGGUGGUAAAUUUUUGCAAGUUUGACUGGGGUCAUAUACCAUCUAUAAAUCAUUUUCAUUACAUUUUCUUUCAAAGCAUUGCAUGCAGUGAAUUUCAGUCCGUUACUCCACAGCCUUUCCCAGUCCUCAAACAUAAUAUUAUACCCAAUAUCCUGUGCCCACCUUAUCAUAGCCGAUUUAACCAUUUCAUCUUGUGUAUUCCAUUCCAACAGCAAGUUAUACAUCCUUGAAAGUAUCUUAGUCUUUGGUUCUAACAAUUCUGUUUCUAAUUUCGAUUUCUCCACCUGGAACCCUAGUUUCUUAUCAUUUUUAAAAACUUCCUUAAUCUGAGCGUAAUGUAACCAAUCUCGCACUUUGUCUUUCAUUUUCUCCAAACUCUGCAAUUUCCAAUUGUCUCCAUCUUUUUCUAGUAUUUCCCAAUAUUUUGGCCAUUUGGCCUCCAUAUUGGGUCUUUUUCGGGCCUUGGCUUCCAAGGGUGAAAGCCACCUUGGUGUUUUAUUUUCCAGCAAGUCUUUAUAUUUUGUCCAGACAUUAAACAGUGAUUUUCUAACAAUAUGGUUCUUAAAGGCCUUAUUUGCUUUAACUUUGUCAUACCAUAAAUAUGCAUGCCAUCCAAAAACAUUGUUAAACCCUUCCAAAUCUAACACAUCAGUGUCUUCAAGAAGUAGCCAAUCUUUUAGCCAGCAGAACGCUGCGGCUUCGUAAUACAACUUUAAGUCCGGCAGGGCAAAGCCCCUCUUUGUUUUGCAUCAGUUAGUAUCUUAAACUUAAUUCUGGGCUUUUGCCCUGCCAGACAAACUUCGAAAUGUCUCUCUGCCACUUCUGAAAGCACUCCAUUUUGUCCAAAACCUGAAGUGUUUGAAAUAAAAACAACAUUCUUGGCAAUACAUUCAUCUUAAUCGCAGCAAUUCGGCCUAACAAAGAAAGUUUCAAUUUUGACCAACUGUCUAAGUCUCUCUUAAUUUCUGUCCAACAUUUUUCAUAAUUAUCCUUAAAUAGACUUAGAUUUUUGCUGUUAUGUUUACCCCUAGGUAUUUUACUUUUUAACCACAUUAAGUUCCGUCUCAUUCUGAAACCGUUCUGACUCUGUCUCAGUCAAAUUUUUUCCCAAAACCUUGGUUUUCUGUUUAUUUAAUUUAAAUCCCGCCACCCGACCAAAGUCAUUAAUCAAUUGUAAUACUCUUUUCGUACUAGGCUCUGGCUUCUGCAAGGUCAAAACCAGGUCAUCUGCAAAAGCUUUUAGUUUAUAUUGUUUCUGGCCAACCUGAAUUCCUUCCACCAACUGGUCCCCUCUAAUCAUGUUCAAUAGCACUUCCAGAACCGAAAUAAAUAACAAAGGGGGAUAGGGCAGCCUUGUCGUGUCCCUUUUUCAAUUUUGAACUCUUCUGUAACCACAUUAUUAACUAUCAGUUUAGCUUUCUGUUCUGAAUAUAUCGCCUCAAUCCCAUUCUCAAAACCCCGUCCCACUCCCAUCUCUUUUAAAUUUCCCAUCAUAAAUUUCCAAGAAAUAUUAUCAAAGGCCUUCUCCGCAUCUAUAAAAAUUAAAACUGCUUUUGUAUUUAUGUCAGUUUGGAGAAGUUCCAAGAUGUCAAUAAUGUUCCUUGUGUUAGCAAACAGAUGUCUACCUGGGAGAAAACCGGCCUGGUCCUUAUGAAUUACUUCAUUUAAAACUUUUUAAAUCUACUUGCCAAAAUAUCUGCAAAUAUUUUGUAAUCCACAUUUAAAAGGGAGAUGGGACGGUAGUUCUUCAGUUGUGUCUUUUCAGCUUCUGACUUUGGUAUCAAUGUGAUAAAGGCUUCCUUCCACGAAUCCGGUGCCCUCUUCCCCUCCAUAAUUUCAUUGCUAACCUCCAUCAAGGGUUGUAUCAAAUAGUCUUUUAGUGUCUUAUAAUACUUGGAGGUCAGCCCGUCUGGCCCUGGAGAUUUGCCAAGUUGCAUGUUCUGAAUAGCUUGUUCAAUCUCCUGUCGUGUUAUUUUAGAGUUCAGGGUUGUCCUAUUUUCUUGUGACAGUUUAGAUAAUCCAUUUUUGCCAAAAAUUGUUUAAUCUCGACUUCGUCUUGCGGCCCUUGAGUAUAUAGUUUUUUAAAAUAUCUCUGGAAACACUUUCUAAUGUCCACUGGAUUCUGAAUGUUUCUUCCAUCAACCUCUAAAUUUGUAACCGUAUUUAAUCUUUGUCUUCUCUUCAACUGCCAAGAUAGCAGUUUUCCACAUUUAUUCGCCGACUCAAACGUUUUUGUUUCAUUAAUUUAAUCUUCCAUUCAAUUUCCUGAUUUAUCAAUUUAGAAUAUUGUGUUUGAUACAGUUUAAUUUCUCUCAGAGUUGGCUGUGACUUUGGAUUUACUCUUAAUUUCUUCUCUAAUUCUUUUAUUUUAUCCAAGAUCUUGUCUUUUUUCUCAUUUUGUGUUUUUUCCUUACUACAUUCUGUUGUAUCAAGAAUCCCCUCAUGACAGCUUUGCUUGCGUCCCAGACAAUUCUUUUUCCACCGAAUUAUUCAUGUUUAUCUCGAAAUAGUCUUUCAAAACUUUUUGGGCCUUCUUGGUAGUUUCCUGAUCUCUAAACAAAUUGUCAUUCAUCUUCCAUCUAAAGGAUCCAGUUGGUAGUAGUGUCAUAUCCAUCUUUACUGCGUUGUGGUCAGAGCAGGUCUUUGGGCAGAUUUCCACUUUUCUAACCCUAGGUGCCAGGCCCCUAGAAAUCCAUAUUUGGUCGAUUCUUGUCCAGGUCAGUUGGGCUUCAGAAAAGAAUGUUCCUUCUCUACCUAGUGGGUUCUUUGUUCUCCAAAUGUCAAUCAAGUCCAUAUUGUCAGUCAUUUCAAAAAAAGGUUUUAGGUAGUCUGCCAUCUUUUGUGACAUUUUGACUUUGCGACUUGUCCAUGUUAGUUGAUACGACCCCGUUCAUAUCUCCCAUCAUUAUGAUGUUGUUGUAAUCCAGAUGAUCCAGCAUUGUCCCCUGCAACUUCUUGUAAAAUUCCGAUUUCCCUUCAUUGGGUGCAUAGAUUCCUAAUAUCAGCAGUUUCUCUCCUUGAUAUUGUAUCUCAAUAGCCAAAAUCCUUCCAUGUUCAUCUUUAAAUAGAAAUUUAGGUGACAGGCUCUCUUUUGCAUAUAUCACCACUCCUCUCUUCUUCACUUUGUCCGACGAAAUGAAUUCCUGGCCCAAUCUUUUAUUUAUUAGCACUUUUCUGUGGAGCCUCGUCACAUGUGUUUCUUGUAAACAGAUAAUGUCCAAUUGUUCUUUUUUUAAUAUAUGAAAUAUUUUCUUCCUUUUCUCCGGAAUGUUACAACCAUUAAUAUUCCAGCUCAACAGUUGCAGAGACAUCCUGGAUCUAUCUGGUUAUUUCUCCCGGGGUGGUGUCUUCUCUGAGUCUUCAGGUUCCCCAGGUGCAGGUAUUAAUGCUGGCUUUGCCCCAGGCCCAGAAGGUAGUUCAAUUCCUUUUUGUAGGUCCUCUCCGUAUGUAGCCAAAAAUUUAUCUCUCUCUUCCAAUGUUCUAAUUUUGACCUUUCUCGCUCUAAAGGUAAAAGAUAAUCCUUGGGGAAAUUCCCACCUGAAUGGAAUUGCGUUGCUCCUUAAUAAUUUAGCAAGUUCAGAGUAGGCGGCUCUGAGAUCCAACAGUUGUCUUGGAAUAUCUUUAUAUAUCUCAAUUCUUCUAUCCAAAACCUCCAGUGACUUUUCGUAAUGUAGACCCAAAAUCUUAUCCCUUUCCUCCUUCGAUCUCAAUGUAAUCAAACAAUCCCUGGGCCUCUCCUUCUUUAUAAAUCUUCCAAGUCUGAAAGCUGACACAAUUUUAAAGUCCUUUUCUUCCAAAUUCCAGAACUUGGAAAGUUCUUUGGUCAAAAACUCAGUUAGAUUUCCUUCUUCUGCCUCUUGUAAUGAUCUAAUCCUCAAAUUAUUCUCACGAUUUCGCAGUUCUAUCAUAGAAAGAUAAGUCUGAUGUUCCCCAACUUGUUUAGUGAGUGGUCUUACCUCUUGCUCUAAAUUUUCCAAUUUUUGUCUGGUAUCCUCAGCCAAUUUUCGAUUUUCUACUGAGGCCUCCGUUAACUGUCCAAUUGCUUGUGUAUUCUGUCCCACCUGUGUAGUUAAUUUGUUUAGACAAUCUGUAUUUUUAUCAAUCUUUGCUGAUUGCGCAUCUACUUUCUUGUCCAAAGCUUCCAAUUUUUCAAAAAAUUUUUCUAGAACAGAAACAGAUGCUCCUGAGGCCAUAUCUUCCAAUUGUAACUGCUCUGCUUCACCCUCUCCCUCUUUUGCCUGUGGCAAAGCAGCUUCUUCCAGUUGUACUUCUGAGGGCAAAGUAGGCACAGAUGAUCUACGUGUCUGCGAGGCUGAGGUUAGAGUUGUUAAGGUUGUUUGUCUAACUCUUCCUCUUCUUCUUGUACCACUCAUUCCAAUGUUAUCUAUCAGUCAAGGUCACACUGAGUUUUUCCCACAGGAAUAGAAAGGCCCAGAGCAAGCAAACAACAAGGGAAUCGAAAGUAAAUGUAUUUGUAAAGUCACUGUUUUAAUCCAAUCCUCUAGAGGGAGCUUAAGAUGUCUUUCAGAGUCUAAUUUAAUGUCCCAGAACCUUCCAAUAUAAGUAUUAAGCAGAGUUUAAAAGUAAUCACUUUGUUGCAGACAGUGCUUAUUUGUCUCCAAAAAGAAUGUUUCAAAUUUAAAAGGUCUCAAUACCCUCAGAUUGUUGCAAGUUCUAAUAUACAGUAUCCAACACAACACUGACAGCUCACUCUUACAGUGCUCAAGCAGUCCUGACUCUGGGUUUCACCUUCCAAUUUGUAAUCCAAUAAAAGGGGGGAAAGUCAAAUACAAAUAAAAAGUUCAAAUCUUUAGCUUACUGGUUUUACUUUAAAUUGUAAGUUCCAUAGAUGCUUGGCUGUGCAGAAUUUAAAAUCUCUUUCUUUCAGCCUCCACUCCUCCGCCUUAGGUUGCUUUUUUUCAAGUUCAAUGGCUGCGGAAGACGGACUUCCUGUUUCCACGUCUCUCCGCUUUCAGCCAAGUUCAAGCCAAAUUAAACCUUCUCAUUUAAAAUUUGUAAUUCCAAGUGAUUCAGUCUUUACUCACGAGUAAGUUGUUUUUCUUCCAAGUCCGAAUUUUAACAGGAAAAAGGAUCAGCGCUCACCGGCAGCAGCAGCGCGGCUUCACUCCGCUGACUGUGAAACGGCUCUCAGCACCGCAACCCCCCUCCACGCUCCGGAGCCCCUUACGAGGCUCCUUCUGCAGUUGGAGGGCUGCUCGUGGCGCCCGCCGAGCCUCAGGACCCCAGGCUCUUGCUGCCUGGGGUUUUCCUCGUUGGGUCUCCGCUUCGCCGUAGCGGACGACCCGAUUUCAGCGGAGCCUCCUCUCCCGUCGGGAGAAGACCGCCAUUGCCGUUCGCGCCGCCCCUCGGAAGUCUGCUAACCCACAAAUAGUGCUUCAGGUUAAGAACUUUGCUUCAGGAUGAGAACAGAAAUCGUGCUCCGGCAGCGCGGCGGCAGCAGGAGGCCCCAUUAACUAAAGUGGUGCUUCAGGCUAAGAACAGUUUCAGGUUAAGAACGGACCUCCAGAACGAAUUAAGUACUUAACCCGAGGUACCACUGUACUUCAUAGACUUCAAAAUGUGGUAACCCAGCCCUGUUCAUGCUGGGUUCUGCUUAGUGGUACCCCAGAUGGACACCUCAAACCCCUGCUCUGGAAUUACCACUUCCCUCAUGCUUCGUGGCAAAUUGUUUUCGAAACUAGAACAAAGAAAAUCUCAAAAGCAGUGAAAUAUACUCAGAGUCACAAAGUGAUUUCAUGCUCUUUAUUCAUGCUCAUAGUGGUGAGGAGGAAUGAAUGAAUGUCCCCUCAAAGUAUCUGCUUUAUAUACAUUAUUUACACAAUGGGCUGCACAUGAUUGGUUAAUUCUGGAAUUCUACUGUAAGCCAAUCAGGUUGUGGAUUCACUUAUAUCUGGAGCAUGAUUGGGUGGUUCCUGCCAACCAAUCAUACUGCUGCAUUGUUCUUGGACCAAUCAGACUGCUGCAUUCUGAAUCCUAUUGUUCUAGGACCAAUCAGACUGCUGCAAUUUGGAUCCUAUUGUUCUAGGACCAAUCAGACUGCUGCAGUUUGGAUCCUAUUCAACUCAGUACAUAACAAGCAGCUUUGAUUGAACAGCAGACUCCCUUACCCUGAGUGGGUGUGAAUUAAAGAUUCUAUUGGGCAUGCCGAAAAACCUUGGCCAUGCCUAAAAGAGCUCUUUGGGUUUUAGCCUGUAGUAAUUAGCCUGAACCCCAGUCUAUAAUGAGUAGCCAUCAGGAUUGCUCUGCCUAUCUUUUAGGCUUCAUUUAUCAUAGCACUCUGCAAGGCCAAAUUACUCACUUGAAAGGCAGAAAUGACCGUUUCUUCACUAAUGGGUAUCUCUGGGUCACCAUUAUAGCUAAAAUCGUCUAAAUAAUGCUCAUCCAUGCAACUUUUAUGAAUGUGCACGCCCUAAUUCUGUGACCACCUUUCUUCUGAAUAGAAGUUAGAGGACAGGACAUCUCAAUGGACAGAAAAUCUGGGUUCAAGGCACAGCUCACCAUGGCAUAAAUGGGCAUGAAUGUAUAGCAGGGCUCUGGGUAAAUGAAGAUGGCUGAGUUUUCGGUGGCACUGCACUUUGCAAUAUACCCAGCAGCUGCCCUCUAAGCAAAGGGUUUUUUAAAAAGGGGGAAAGGGGCAGCUGAUCAGGUUCCCAGCACAGAAAAGCUGAAGUUUGGGCCUUCUGGGUACCAUUGUUAAUAGCAUCCCUGCCUGGAACUUGUCUGACUUAGGUGGGCAUGAGGAUGCUGUGACUCUCAAGAUGUUGCUGGAGUGAAACUCUCAUCAUCUCCACCCAUUGGCCAUGCUGACAGUGGAUGAUGGGAGUUGAAAGCCCACAAUAUCUAGAGUGCCACAGCUUCCCAAUCUUUGCUGUGAGUUUUGGCUCUCUGCUUCUCUGUCUGGUCCAGUUUACCUGGCUUUGAAUGUAGUGGCCUUGCUUAGGAGAUCUCGCUGAGACCACCAUUUAGUUGGGAGUAAGGUCUACUGUUUUUCCUAUUAUUUUGGUCCUAGAAUUAUAUCCCUACUGUUGAUAUGCAUUAUCUGCAGGUUGCUUAAUCGUAGCAUACAUUUAUUAUUAUGACAUCAUUUGAUUAACCUAUCCAUUCUUGUACAACUAUUCAUUUAUUUAAAAAUAUCUCAGUACGUCUUGCAAUUGUUAGUGAAUUAUCUUGAAACUUAAUUUUAUUGGAUCUUUUUAUUGGAUUUGUAUGGCGCUUUCAGCAUACUUAACCACGAGGAAAUGGCUGGUGGCGAUGAUGAUUUUUUAACAAAACAAAAUCCAGAAACAUGUGUAGAAACCCCAAGUUCCUUAUUUCAAUAGCCACUUCACACAACCAAUCUAUCAUGUGGCAGUGACAGUUAUCUGCCUUAAAAAUAUAGUUGUAAACCUUUUUAUAGGGCUAGAGUUAAAUUGAUAUGCUUUCAGCUUGUCCCAUUGACCAAUAUUUCAUAUGUAUGAUACCAAAUCUCUUUUUAUGAUAGUGGAUCUUUGGUCAUUUUCUUUUGUUAUCUGGAAUGGCUACUAAACAUGAGCUCUCAGAGUUCACAUUGAAAUUAAUUGUUACCGGAAAAGAAGAAAUCUGUUCCAUGGGAGCCUGACCAAAGUUGCGGCAUUUAUUCCUGAAGGUGAUAAGAAUGAAUAAAGACCUUCUUCACUGAGACUGCAUGCAAAACAGAUUCUUUUCCCUUCAUUAAUGUCCUAUUUCAAACUAUACAUUAAGAGCUGAAACACACUUAUCAGCAGCUGCAUUUGAUUUAUCUUACUGAGUUCUAUCGCAGGCGAUCAAAAUUUUGAAUAAUUCUCCAUUCUAACCUUUGCUCAUACAAAAUUAACACAUUACGGAAUUACCUAAUUCUAGCCUCAGCUUUUCAGUGACAUGUAAGUUUUGUGUGUGGAUAAAGAGGUGUUUUUUUAAAACGUCAGAAAAUAUUCAUAGAGUCAGUCCUCACUUGUAGCCUGAAGUGGUAUAGAUAUGUUACAUGGAGUAGCUGAACAUGGAGCUUGUCGGAAGAGAAACAUAUUUUCAGCAAAAGCGUGGGUUGCACCUUUUGCUGUAGCACUGUAGUAUCCGUGCCCAUUUUUAAAAAGGCAGGCCAUUGCUGUGGACCAGGCAUAGGCAACCUCAGCCCUCCAGAUGUUUUUGGACUACAACUCCCAUGAUCCUUAGCUAACAAGACCAGUGGUCAGGGAUGAUGGGAAUUGUAGUCCCAAAACAUCUGGAGGGCCGAGGUUGCCUAUGCCUGGUGUGGACUGCUGAAGCAAAAAUGGAAGCAAUUCCAUUCCCAAACUUUAGUUGGGGGUAGAGUUUGCUUGACACCAAUAAAGGAGCUCUCUCGCUCCUUCGUAAUCUUUCCAGCAUCCCACCAAUGUUGGCUUUGCCAGCUGCCGCUGGGAGCUGGGUAGGAUUUUGGGGGGUACAUCCUGACUGGCUUUCUGAUGCACUUUUUUCACCGAUUUCACACCACUUUGAUGUUUAUUAGCAUAGUAAGCACCCUGAGAUAUGGAGAGCACUCACUAACAACCAUCUAUUGUCAACUAGCUCAGGGGCUGCUUGGUUUGGUGUUUCCAGGGUCUGGCAGGUGCCACCUGGCAAACACUGAACAGCAGGAGUGGAUGGCACUGGUCAGGUCCUGCACAAACUCAGAGCUUCCCUUUAUGGGUGUUAAGGAAAAUGUUUUAAUUGACACUGAAAUGAGAAUGCCUAAGUGUGUGUGGAUGACAAGGUUUAAUUUUCCAUGGGGCUGUAUUAAAGCCAAGGGGAGCACUCUGAGCUUGAGCUGAGUUGAUAAUUAAUUAACUAACUGAUUGUUGUUCUCUGAUAGCUAACAUGUGAGUGUUGUAACCUUAGAUUAUGUGAUGAAGGUAUUGGGUUGCAUAUCUCCAUUUUGAAGGGAGUUGCCUUUGAGUCCUUUGUCUCACAAAUUCCAUGGAGCGAGGAUAUAAAUGAAGCCCUCCUGAAGAGAGAGUAAACAGCCUAAGGCCAGUGGAGGCUGGACAGCAGGCUGUGGAGAGAGAGAGAGAGAUUUGCUUCUAGGUCUUUCUGGAUUAUUUCAUUUUUUCUAAGAUGCUGAGCCUGUUCUGGAUAGCACAAGAUAUUGUAUGGAUAUUUUUGGAUGUAUCCUUGAUGCUUAUGUUCUGUUUUUAAAAGAGUUCUGCCAGUAAAAGUUUGAAUAGUAUGUUUUUUAUGGGCCUAGACAAUGCUUCAUUUCCAAAAGGAGUCAGUUUCUACGCUUCCAGUCACUUCAAACUGCGCAAUAUUAAUAUCUGCAAAAAAAUGGGAAGAUUUUUUUUUCUUGCCAUCAAGCCAGCUUGGGAAAGGGAGUUUCUCUGUUGUGGUUUGGCCCUUAACAGCAAGCAGAAGGUUUUCUACAAGUUAUUCCUGCUCACAUUUGUAAUUUUAGUGCAAGUUCUUCAUUUGUUGGCAUCUGUCUGUCUCAGGAACUCCAUGUAAGCUUGGGCAAAAUGACUGAUGAGACUCUGUAGAGCUCCCUCUGAGUAAUCUGUCAUGGCUGUGCCAUCUGCAAACAUCAUCUCUUGGCUAAGGAUCCACCAAACUUUGGCUUGGCCUGGAAACAUCCCAGGUCGGACAGGCCCUCAGGAACUUCAGCUGUGUUUGGUUCUUGAUGUCAUGGACCCAUGCAUCCUAUGUUUCCAGUGACCUAUGUAAUUAUACCGCAAGUGGCCUUAUAUAUUGCAAAUAUACGUAGAAUAUAUUAGUAUUUCCUUGAAAACAUUUCUUAAGGAGUCCAAUAUUAUGCACUCAUAUUUGCAUGAGUAAAUGACCCCCCAUUUAUUUUUCUUUUCAGCUGCUGGUAGAAUAUUUAUUGCUUUUAAAUGUUCUUGCAAAAAUUAUCUUCAAAGAGGCAAGCUUAGUUUGUGCAAAUUAAUGACCCUGAGUAGAAUUCAGUUCGAAGCAAUAAUUCUUGUAGAAACAAAAAUUUUGCACUUCAGCAAGUCUUUUGUUAUCUGUACCAACAUGUGAAAUAAUUUACACCCCAUAUUGACGACCCAGUGAGGCAUUUUAUGUAUCAUUGCAAUCAUGUUGUUAUUUGAGGAUGCUGUUAAGACUGAAACAAACAUCUAACCCACAACAUUCUAGAAGAUAUAAGUUAAGUCCUAGUAGUAUAUUUUUCCUAAAGCAUGCUUUAUAAGCAUUAAAAUAUUCAUUAGGCAUAGGUCUGCAACUGAUCUCCCCAGGGCUCUGCGACCCGAUAACAUUACCAGCAUCUCCUUGACCACAACUCCCCUGUAGCUGCUGAGGUCCUCUCACAAACUCCGCAAAAACAAAUUAGAGAUGAGCUUGCAAUAUCUCCAAAUCUGGGAGAGUUGUGUACAGCUAUUAACCAAAUGAAAAACAAUAAAGCCAGCGGACCUGAUGGGAUACCUGCAGAAGUCUUCAAAGUGGGCAGAAUUGAACUUACACAACUUCACAAGCUCAUUGGGAAAACCUGGGAGAGAGAGGAGAUCCCAGCAGACUUUAGGGAUGCCAAAUCAUCGAUCUUUUUUAAAAAAAGGUGAUAGAAUGGACUGUGGAAAUCAUCAUGGCAUCUCUUCAAUAGCCACAGCCCGGCAAAAUUCUUGCAAGGAUCUUAGCAAACCAUCUCCUAACUAUAUCCAAGGAUACACUUCAUGGAUCCCAAAAUGGUUUUCAACCUUCUAGGGGACAGUGGAUAUGAUUUUCAUUGCUCAACAGCUUCAAGAAAAAUGCAGAGAGCAAAACCAGACCCUGUAUAUGGCAUUUAUUGACCUGAUUAAGGCCUUCGACACUUCAUUGCUCCUUUCGAGCUGCAUAAAACUUCUCUGUAUUCUCAGAAUUGGCCUCCACAGUCACUUAUGGACUCAUUGUUAAAAUCGUGUUUAUGGAAGACAAUCUUACUCGGCCACCUCUUGAUUUCCCUCCUGAAUCUGUACAGUGGUACCUCGGGUUAAGUACUUAAUUCGUUCCGAGGUCUGUUCUUAACCUGAAACUGUUCUUAACCUGAAGCACCACUUUAGCUAAUGGGGCCUCCUGCUGCCACCGCGCCGCCGGAGCCCGAUUUCUGUUCUUAUCCUGAAGCAAAAUUCUUAACCUGAAGCACUAUUUCUGGGUUAGCGGAGUCUGUAACCUGAAGCGUAUGUAACCUGAAGCGUAUGUAACCCGAGGUACCACUGUACAAUCAUAUUCCAAUGAGGUGACUCCAUUAAAAUCAUCUAAUAAGAUUACCUUCUUUCUAUUACUUUCUUUCACACACUUUUAAACCAAUUUUAUGCUUCUUUUUCUGUUACACAUUGUUAUCCAUCUUAUUUGGUAUUUCAGUAUUUAUAACGGAACUUGUUUAUUCUAAUAGGAGUUCUGAUUUUUCAAUAUAAUUUUGCAAGUAUCCUUUAAACGCCUUCCAGUCCUUGUCUAUCUUCUCUUUUGAUAUCCUUCCAAUUUCUCCCAUUGUUUUGAAUAUAUUGUAAUACUUCAAUAAUUUGGCAAGCCACUCUGUUUUUGUCGGUAUAAUACCACUUUCCCAAUUUUUCGCAAUCAAUAGCCUUGCGGCUACUGUUGCGUAUAAAUAUAAUGUCUUGUCUUCUUCCUUUAGACUUCCUGGUAUUAUUCCCAAUAGAAAACCUUCUGAUGUUUUCCUAAAUGAAUAUCUGAACAUUUUUUUCAUUUCAUUGUAUAUUGUUUCCCCCAAAAAAAUUAUGUUUAAACAAUUCCACCAUAUAUGCAUCGUAGUACCUUUUUCAGUGUUGCAUCGCCAGCAGACAUCGCUACAAUUUUUAUUCAUUUUUGCUAUUCUUUCAGGUGUUAAAUACCAUCUAUGUUGUAUUUUAAGGUAAUUUUCUUUCAAUAUAUAACACAUAGUGAAUUUCAUAUCUUCUUUCCACAAUUUUUCCCAUUGUUCGAGCAUAUUUUUCCCAAUAUUUUGCGCCCAUUUAAUCAUGGAUGCUUUAACCAGUUCAUCCUUUGUUUCCCAUCCUUUGUUUCCCAUCCUUUAGAUAUAUAUUUUUAUUUUUCUUGUAUUAAGUAUUUAUCGAAUUUUGAUAUUUCUUUUUCAAAUCCUAUCUUUUUGUCUUUCGCUAAUCUAUAUUGGAACAAAUCACUAAUAUAUUGGAACAAAUCACUAAUAUAUUGGAACAAAUCACUAAUAUGAGCUUUAAUUUCUGUAUAAUCCUUUAAUUCCAAUUCUGCAUUUUCUUCCUUUAAUACAGUUUUAUAAGUAGCCCAAUUUUCUUUCAUAUUUAAUUUUUUCCCUGUGACACUAAGGAGUUUUCGGUUCUAGGAGUCUUUUAUAUUUCUCCCAUAUUUUAUAUAUAGACUUUCUGACUAUAUGCCCUAGGAACCCUUUAUGUACUUUGACUUUCUAAUCUAUUAGAUAGGCAUGCCAUCCAAAUCUCGGGUCUACUUCCUCUAAAUCCAACACAUCUGAAUCGUCCAAUUUAAUCCAUUCUUUUAGCCAGGUCAGACCCACCGCAUCAUGGUAUAACUCCAUGUCAGGGAGGCCAAAGCCUCCUCUUUCCUUCUUAUCUAUCAUUAUUUUAUGGUUUAUUCUUGGUUUUUUCCCUGACCACAUGAAUUUGGCCAAAUCUCUUUUCCUAUUAUUAAAACAUUUCUCUCCUCCUAGUAUUGGGAUACUUUGAAAUAAAAACAUCAUCCUUGGAAAUAUGUUCAACUUUAUUACCAAUAUUUUACCUAAUAAGGAAAGAUUUAAUGGGAAAUAGAAAGAUAUUUGUAAUCCAACUGGAGUUCUUCUUUGUCUUCUGCCGCUUGUCGGCUUAAUCCAAGGUAUUAGAAGAAGUAAAAAGUACACGGUGAAAUAAAAAGUUUCCAACACUUUCCUCCAGGAGAAGAAGAAAGGGAGAGGAGGGGGGGUUAAAAGUCCCGAUCUGAAAGCCUCCUUCCCUUAAACUGUAAUUAAUCUGGUGGCAAAAUCCAACAGUAUAUCAGUAUAUCAAGUGAAAAGCUUUGGCCAGGUAUAUUAAACUUUCCAAAGUUACAAAGCAGUUUGUUAAUCCAAGCCUCAGUUUAGGGCUUUCCCAGUCCAAAAAUGGUGGAGUGUGACGAAUUUAAGUUUAAGCAGCUGGCAGGUCAGAAUUCAGCCAGAGAAGAAAAGUAGAUUCCUCUUACUUCACUCGCCACCUGUUGGUCCUUCAUAAAAUCUUAGCCUCGUCACUUUAAACAAAGUAACCGAGGUCUUUUUGGCAAUACUCAGCAGAUACAUUCUCUCCUCGCUCCUUCCUGCAACCUUCCGCCAUACGCCAUCUUCUCCCAUCUGCCGGGACGGACUCCCUUUUUACGCCCCUCAGUGCUCCAAAUCGUUGUAAACUCAAUUUUAGUAAGUCAGUCCGUAGACGUUUCCAAUUAUAAUUCCCAAUUCGUUUUUUAAUUCUUGGAAGCUCGCCGCUUUCAUUAGAAGCCUGAGACUGUGCCGCGCAGGGUUAUUGCUUCCUCCCCUUCAUGCCCGCAGCUCGAUCCCGUCUCCGGAUUUAUUGACAAAACCCAGGGAGCAGGAGAGCACGACCGGGCACCACCGGGUGCUACGUCCACCGAGAUAAUCCUCUUGGGGUUCUGAGGUCCGCAUAGCCUUCACAGAGCUUCUAAAACCCCCGCGUUGCUCGAGAUUCCCCAGAGAGUUAUCUUGCGCUUCUUUCUAAUGGCCGCGGCUCUGCCGGAAGUCCACCUUAAGCCCAUUCGAUGUCCUCAAUAAGCAGGUCUUCUGGAAGAGAAUGAAAAAGAGAGGCUGAAUUAACAGCCUCUCUCAAGAAAGUCCUCUAAACUAUACCCAAACCCAAGGGUUCAACCACCUCAGCUUUUGUAGCUGGAGUCAGUCAGGGCCCUACCUACUGAGGCAAAGUGAAAAAGGCCUGCAAGGCACAGCAAAUACAGCAAGAAGGCCUAAGUGAAAAGUCCCCAAGGUGUGCAGAUUCAAUUACCUUCUUUGGGUUCUGGCAGCUGAUGUUUGGCUGUUGCUUUCUGCAGAGGAAAGAGAAAGCUGGAUGAGACGCCUUUUGUGACACUACAAAACCCACCAUUGACGGGUGCAAGAGAGCCCACAAGCAGGCCCAAGCCAGGAAAGACUGGCCUCCCUCAGGCUUGGGCCCCAUCCCUUGCCCCCGAGGACCUCCAUGGGCCCUGCAGCCUCCUGGGCAGAGGUGGAAGGGCAGCACCAGGGAAGAGGGCAGGACACGCCUCUGGCAUCAUCCUGACACCCCAGGGACACACGCCACAUUAGUUGCAUUAGUUGCUUUGGGAGCCUCUUGGAGGGUGGGGGUGGAAGGAUUCAGAGACUGCAGAAUUGGGGGCAAAGACCACAGUCAGCGGGCAGAGGGUUUGGGGGAUCCAGUCCCUCCUCUUUUGUUUCCCCUACUACUAACCUCAAACUCUGGGAAGGUCUUGAAGAGCUUUGUCACAACUGCAACAAGAGAAGGACAUGGGGACAGGUUAGUUUGUCCCUUUGCAGCUUCCAAGAUUAUUCCAAGAAUCUUCUCCUUGAUUCCCCUGCUUCUACACUCCUCCUACAGGGGUGGCAAACCCCAGGCCUUGGGGGCCAGUCUUGGCCUGCAGCCCCCCAAAUGUGGCUCACAAGAGAAUGUGGCCCUCUAGCUGACCACUGUCCCCCUGCCCUGUCCUACCAGCUGCCUCAGCCUCCAGCUUCCACUAGAAAUGCUUCCUCUCCUCUCUCAGUCAAUAGCAUCUUCAUCAACCCCACAAAAGUGGCUGGCCACUGGGGUGGGUUUCCAGAUGCUGGACCAGAUGAACCUUGGGUUGGAUCCAGCAGUCUGGCUCUUUUGGUGUUUUCUUACUAGCUUCCCCUCCCCCACAAAUCCUAUACCCUGAGCUGCCACCCUAGCCUAUUCCUGCCCUUCCAAAAAUGGCGCGGGGGGAACUUCCUCACCUGGAGGCAUAAGCUUCUUCUGCAGCGGGGCCACCUUUCUGGUCUUCCUGAGGCGUCUUUUUGUUCUUUCUGGCCCGUGGGCAGAUCGCCCCUCCUCUUGGUGCCCAUCUUCUUUGAUGUUCUGGCUUCCUCCGCCACUGGCCACAGGGUUUACAUUGUCCGGCAGCGGGGCCACCUCAUUGUUCUUUUCUGGUUGAAUGAAAUUUUUUAGUCUCUUGAACCUAGAAGAGAUGAUGCAGAACAGAAAUAGGUUUAGCCUAAUAGAGAAUUGCCAGCACAUCCCUCCCAAUUCCUUCCCUCCUUCUGCAGCUGAAUGAACUGUAGGACUUCAUAACAGCUGCAAAGAGACAGCCAAGAGCAUUCAGGGCUUGGAGAGAAAGGAGGUACCAGCUCCUGCCAUUCCAGGACCGAGAGAGCCUGGCUACCAUAGUUCAGGCCCUGAUUGCUUCAAGACUGGAUUACUGCCAUGCACUGUACGUGGGGCUUCCCUUGUGCUUCACCUGGAAGGUGCAGUUAGUGCAAGAUGCUGCAGCGUGAGUGCUGACAGGAGCAAGGCCUUGUCAACAUACAGCACCUACAUUGUUUUACCUUGUAAACCGCAUAUCUAUAUAUAUAUAUAUAUAUAUAUAUAUAUAUAUAUAUAUUGUAUAUAAAUUUUAUGAAGCAAAGAAACAAAAUAAAUAAAUGGAGAGACGGGAGAGGUUUUUGCCCCAUCGAUGGGCACUUCUUCACAUAACACUUAAUUGGUUUGUGAAAUUGGCAGCCAAAAGAUGUGCAAAGGACAACUGCCUUGCAAGGUUGGAAAGAGGAGAUCACACCUCUUCAUUGAGGAAGAGGGGAGUAUUUAUGGUUAUGAUCUGAAAUAGUUACAGUAUGUAGAACUUCUGGGUUUGGAGGCAAUCUACCACUGAAGCCACCUGUUAGGGGACAAUCCUUGUGGGCUUCCUGGAGACAUCUGGUUGGCCACUGGACCAAACAGGCCUUUGCUCUCCUUUUCCUGCUAUGCUAUAUCCCAUGAGGGAUUGCAACACUCCACCCCAAAGGAAAGAGAAGUAUUGCCAGCAUUUAAAGGGUGCCUCUGCCUAGUCUUUGAAGGACAGCCCUGCCCAGAGAGGGAGGAGACCGCUAGGUGGGACCUCCAAGCAUCAAGGGGUUCAAGAAGACGAGCAGAACAACACUGGGCGGCCGAGAGAGGAAGGUGGUGGAGUCUUGUUUACAGACAGAGACCCACAGAAAGGGCUUGACAGUUGGAGAAAUGGAAGAUGGAGGUGGGGAGACAUGUAGUAGUUAGAGUGCUGGACUAGGGGAACCUGGAAGACCAGGGUUCAAAUCUUCAUGAAGCUCACUGAUUGACCUUCGGCCAGUCUUUUUUCCCUCAGCCUAGCCUACUUUGCAGGGUUGAUGUGAGGAUAAAAACUGGUGGCGGGGAGAACCAUGUAUGCUAUCUUGAGCUCCUGGGAGGAUAGCUGGCCUAUGAAUGUAAACAGUGAAUGUAGUUGAUGAGAUGGGAGAGGAAAUAGGAAGGCAGGGAAAGAGUGUGGAGGAGCUGAGCUCUUUGGGAGGGGAGUGACUGGUCGAGACAAUUUCAGGGGGCUGAGAAUGUGCAGGGGAUUCCAGGAUCCCACCCCAGGAGACAUAGAGAAGGGGAAGAAAUCCUACUUACAGUCUGAAGUUGAACAUGGUGUCCAGAAAAAGUCCCUCCUUCUUGUCUAUACUACCUACGCCUAAACGUACCUCUCCAACCACCUUUCCUUCUACCCACCACAUACACACACCUCUCUAUCCUGGUCUCCUCACUAACCCACAAUGGACACCUGUAGUUGGUGACUUUUAAAGGAGAAGCAAGAGAUGUCACAAAGGAGGGCAAGUCAUUGUUACCGUGGCAACCCUGGGCCAAACUUGCCUCUCCUGAUGUUUCUUCAGAACUUUGAAGCACCUGCUGUUCCGUCUGCAGGUUUGCUGAAUCUUCUCUUUUGGAGUUCAUGUUUUUAUAUCGGAUCAUUCUUCAUUCAGCCCCAUUUCCAAAGGGAGACAAUCCCAAUGUCCCUUGAAAUGCAGUAGAAGACUCCCAAGCCUAGGGGUGUCCAUAGCACAGGAGUAGACCAUCUGCUUUGCAUUAUCCCCAUCCUCACAGAUAAUCCUGGAUGACAUCUCCAGGUGGGGCAGAGAAUGUUCCCUGUCUGAAAAAAAUUGCAGGAUUUGCAACUGAAAAAACCUUUGGAAUACUCUUUUUGAGAAGUGUGUGAACUACACCCACUUGUCUUACUAAAGGAGAUUUACUAAAAGCAGCUCAAGGCUAAUUUUCAAUUAAGUGUGCCUAGCCUCACAGACUUUUUGCCUCACAGCUUUCUUGCAGUGACAGUGGCAGAAACUGCUAUAACCCUUCAUCCUAGUAUAUGAACAUUUAUCAAGCUAGCCCUCAUAAAAAAUAUAAUGGCAGGGGCGAGAAUGCUUAAAUCACCAAGCUAAUUUGUUUAUCAAGUGAGGAACUUGGAAGAAAAAGUGACACUGCGGAGAGAACUCAAGAUUUUGCAAGGAAAUAGGCCAGAAAAAUAAAAGCUUUGAGGUGAAUUGGCCUAUUUUUAAGAUGUUUGCAGGCAAAUUGGUCACAGUUAGAAGAGACUAAAAAAAGAAAAUGAAAACCAUUAACAGGAUACCACUAUUAUUCAUUACUUGGUAUUUAUUAUAUAUUAUUUUCUGUAAGGAUGGGGGAUUCCAUCCAGUUCACAUUUAAACUUAACUAAACACUUCCCAAAACAAUAUGUAAAGCAAAGCACAUCUAUCCUCUUCCAAAAUCCACACUUCUCCGAAUUUUGCAAUUCUGCUCUCCAGCCAGGAGUGUAAAAAUGCCUAAGGGCUGAAUAUAAAUCAUAUAGCAUUGAAAAUAGCAUACAAAAUGCAUCGUCCUCUCCCCAUUCCUCACUAAAUUAAAUUAAAUUCCUAUCUGAAUUAUUACCCAACCUCUUGCACCUUGUCUAUUUGACCUUUAUAUUGCUGCUUUCAGUAUAUCUCACUUUUUUUAAAAAAAAAAACAACCUCUCAAACAAACUAAAAAUACAAAAUCUUAUCCAUUAAUAUUCCCAGCCAAAUGUUUCUUUCCCAUUUUCUUGGGAAAUUCUUUUAUCUUACCAGCUUUUUCGUCACUAAAAUCCAGGCUGGUUGAUACAAGCAUAUUAGCAAUGUUCCCCCUCAACACACAAACCUUUUUUAAACAUUUCAUUGAGAUUAAACUCUUCAGCUCUCUCAGUUUCAGAACCACAGAAUUCCUUGGCCAUUUAUACCCAGGAAUAUCCGUAAUAGUCUCAGUUCUUUGCAUACCUACCUAAUGUGUCUAAAGUCUUCAAAAUCUUGGCCCUAACUGUAGCAUAGUACAUUUAGUAGCUUAUACAUUUUUUGCAAUCCUAAAUACAAGACUUUCUACAAUUCUCUUGUGCUGCCAUCAAGAAAAUAUUUUCUAUGGGUUGGGUGAAAUGUUAAAAUAAAAACAGACCCUAUUGUGGACCAUGGUGUCCUUUCAGAUGUGUGUAACAUGCAGUUUUGGUAUUAAAAUAGAAACCUUUUUUUGUGACUCAAGAGAUUGUGCACAUAGAAUUGGAUGGAGGUAUAUGCACGGGUGGCGCUGUGGGUUAAACCACAGAGCCUAGGAUUUGCCGAUCAGAAGGUCGGCAGUUCGAAUCCCCGCGAUGGGGUGAGCUCCCAUUGCUCGGUCCCAGCUCUUGCCCACCUAGAAGUUCGAAAGCACGUCAAAGUGCAAGUAGAUAAAUAGGUACCACUCUGGCAGGAAGGUAAACGGUGUUUCCGUGCGCUUCUCUGGUUCGCCAGAAGUGGCUUAGUCAUGCUGGCCACAUGACCCGGAAGCUGUCUGCGGACAAAUGCCAGCUCCCUCGGCCUAUAGAGCGAGAUGAGCGCGCAACCCGAGUCGGUCACGACUGGACCUAAUGGUCAGGGGUCCCUUUACCUAUAUGCAUGGCAGGAGACCUGUGCUACAAAUUUAUUUUAAGCCUCCACCCCAAUGAUGCUUCCACCCAGGAUGGCUUAAAUGCAGGAAGUCCUGGGCCUCGGUCAUCUCCAAUGAAGAAGCAGGUGGUGGUGAAUGUUUCUGCCAGAGAUCCUGGAGGGCUGCUGCAGGUCAGAGUAAACAACACUGACUUAGAAGGACAAAUAAUAUGACACUGAAUAAGGCAGGUUCAUGUGAUAGUUUUUGUUGCCAUGCAUUUGCCUGAUCAAUAUCUGACAGGUCAAGUGUCCCACAUUAGAUGAAACCCCUGUCUACGCAUCUUGGUACAGUGGUACCUCAGUUCUCAAACUUGAUCCGUUCCGGAAGUCCGUUCCAAAACCAAAGUGUUCCAAAGCCAAGGUGUGCUUUCCCAUAGAAAGCAAUGCAAAAUGGAUUAAUCCGUCCAGGUUUUUAAAAACAACCCCUAUAACAGCAGUUUAACAUGAAUUUUACUACCUAAUGAGAGAGACCACUGAUCCAUAAAAUGAAGGCAAUAAUCAAUGUACUGCACUAUAAAAUAAAUAAGACAGUAUUGUAGAUGAUAAAAAUUAAAAUUAUUAUUAUUUUCUUACCUGCACUGAUGAUAGUCACUGUUUGGAUGGGGGGCUUUUAUCCAUUUCCACAGUCGCACAAUCAAUCAAUCCAUAGCUGAACUGGGUUCCACACGGUCACAAAAACAAAUGAACCAAAAAUGCCUCAAAAACAAAAACGUAAAAUAAACAGCAAAAACAAAAGCGCCAAACUUAAUCUGUUCCGGAAGUCCGUUUGACUUCUGAAAUGUUCGAAAACCAAGGCGCUGCUUCUGAUUGGUGCAGAAACAAUAGCCGACAGCCUAUUGGAAGACAUUCGGCUUCCAAAAAACAUUCGAAAACCAGGACACUUACUUCCGGGUUUUGGGGGUUUGGGAACCAAGGCGUUUGAGAACCACUGUACAUCCCUUCAGUGCCACAUCCACCCUCGUACGUCUAGAUUCAGAGCAGUUUGAUCAUUUCUUCUUCGAGGUGCUCUUUGAUAAUUUCCUAAACGUGUGGAAACUUGCCCAUAUUCUGAAUCAUUAUGCAUCUCCCAUUAUUAAGAUAUUUUGCACUCUGGUAUGCAUUAGGACACGGGUGGCGCUGUGGUCUAAACCACAGAGCCUAGGGCUUUCCGAUCAGAAGGUCGGUGGUUCGAAUCCCCAUGACAGGGUGAGUUCCUGUUGUUCAGUCCCAGCUCCUGCCCACCUAGCAGUUCGAAAGCACGCCAAAGUGCAGGUAGAUAAAUAGGUACCACUCCGGCGGGAAGGUAAACGGCGUUUCCGUGCACUGCUCUGGUUCUCCAGAAGCGGCUUAGUCAUGCUGGCCACAUGACCCGGAAGCUGUACGCCGGCUCCCUUGGCCAGUAAAGCAAGAUGAGCGCCGCAACCCCAGAGUCAUCCGUUACUGGACCUAAUGGUCAGGGGUCCCUUUAUCUUUAUGCAUUAGGGCAGUGCACUGAGCAUCCUUUACAAGAUCUGUGGAUAUUAUUUUUCAACAUAUGACUACUUCUGGGGCAAAGGUGGCUUAUUUGUGGUCCCAAAAAUCUCAUUAGCCCCAGUCUGCAUGGCCAGGAGUCAAGGAUGGUAAAGUUGUAGUCUAUUUGCAUCAGGUUAGCAACUCAUUUUCUAAAGGAUCACAAGCAAAACGUGUCUAUUAAGUGAAGCAAAAGCUAGAAGCAAGCAUGUUUUUUGUGUUAAAUAACAUGUUAGGAGAUUUUCUAGUGACAGACAGGUUGAGUAAGAUUCCACAAAGUAUCCAUGAAGAUAAACAGAAACAGAAGAGUCAGUUUGCGUUUCUUAGUGCAGGAAGUAUUAAUCUGAUAUGUAGAGAUCUUUCAUAUUCUAAUUAAUUCAAGAGGGUUCUGGAAGCUUCUGGAAGCUUCUGUGUGUGAAAGAAACAAGCAGGUUCGUGAUGUUUGGGUUACAGUGGUGCCUCGCAAGACGAAAAGAAUCCGUUCCGCGAGUCUCUUCGUCUUGCGGUUUUUUCGUCUUGCGAAGCAAGCCCAUUAGCGGUUUAGCGGAUUAGCGCUAUUAGCGGCUUAGCGGGCUUAGCGGAUCAGCUGAUAAGCGGCUUAGCGAUCAGCUGUUAAGCGGCUUAGCGGAUCAGCUGAUAAGCGGCUUAGCGGCUUGGGAAAAGGGGGGGAGGGGAAAAAACCCGCAGGAACUCGCAAGACAUUUUCAUCUUGCGAAGCAAGCCCAUAGGAAAUUUGUUUUGCGAAGCACCUCCAAAACGGAAAACCCUUUCGUCUAGCGGGUUUUCCGUCUUGCGAGGCAUUCGUCUUGCGGGGCACCACUGUAUUCCUUCAGAGACGCUGAGUACAGCUGGCUUAAACUGGUUCUGUUAUCUCUUCUUCAAGGUCAUGCUGGCUAUAAUAAGAGGCUAGAAGGAGCCAGGAUUUCACUAAUUUUCUCUUCUAUUCCUGUGCCUUUUUGUGCGGUGUUCUGUACAGAGUAUGCUUGGUGUUAAGGUUUAGACUUAUUGUAAGUUCUUGUAAGUGUAAGUUAAGUCUGCUGCAACUGGAUUUCUUAUGGACAGUGCCAAUCCUGAAUGUAUUGGAUUUGUGACCAUUAUGCUCAUUUGCCCUCGAUAGCAGUAAAGCUCUGCUGGAUGAAAUACAAUUGCCUCUGAUCUGUUUUUUGGGAAUCCUGCAACGUGUUUAAGUUUUUACUCUGCUAACUAUACAACGGAGUUCUCCUCUUGAGUAGAAUUUCAAUGACAGUUCAAUUUGGAGAAGGCUUCACGAUCCAACCCAGGUUAAGUCCUGUUAAGUCAUUUCAAGGGAAGAGUUAAACAAGGGUUCAGAUCCUUUCUAUGGGAAUCAAUGGGACCUAAAAGUGCUUAAUUUUGGCUGGAUUGUGCCUAUUGGAUUUACACACGCAAGCAAGAGACAGCCAAGAGAACAAAUCGGAGCAUUUUGAAAAGCACUCCACACAGGCUAGCCAUUGUUGUCAUCAACGCAAGCAUGUACAAGGCGAUUUAAGACUGCAAAAUGGUGGGGAGUAGUACCAGUUGCUAAUUCAUGCGAGCAUCAAACAGGGUGAGCACAUGGUGAAGAACGAGAGUGACAGGGAAAACAUUGUAUAACAUUCUAUUUGCCUGCUUAAAAUUCAGCAACACUAAGAGAAGUUGUAUAGAGUUCCACACCAUCUGGCAGCUGCAAGGAACAAACAAAAUACAAUUUACAGGUACUCCGCCGCGCAGCCUAAAUAAUACACCAUAGUGCACCAAUUGUGCAUGAGAGACAGCGCAGCAUUAAAGAUAAUUGAUGCGCAGCCCCUGCACUUCCUGCUGUAAUUUAUGUCGCAGGAGUGUCACGAGGGGGAAUUAUGGGUGAUAUGCUGUAUAGCCACCUGCCACGUCAUAAUGUGGCUCCAGGUACCACAACAGAUAGCUACUUAUUUUGAUUUAGACCGAACUCGCAGCUCCGGUCCUCCUAGCACAACAAUCCCCUGCCAAAUCAGGUUAAAAAAAAUAAAAUGGACAGAGACAUUCAUCUUCUGCCAUGCAAACCUCCGGCAACAGACAUUUGUAGUGCAUUUCACAUAAUUCUUUGUAGUUUGUACAAAGAAGGGGUCUUCCCCCCAUCUCUAAAAAGGCAAAUCAUGUUUAUUGAAAAUAUCGUGUUGGGGGCUUGCCAAUUCCUUUACGGUUAUGAGCCUGACAUUUAAGUUCCCUCUAGGUGCACACACACACACACACACACACACACACACACACACUUCUUAAUGCUGUCUCUUUCCUGAAUGAAAACAUCCAGCCAACUUUUUAACCUACAGAGGGAGCAAACAGAAGCACAGAACCCUCUUCCCCACUCUGCAAAACAAGCCCACCUCCUCCAUCUUAAAAUCAAAGGAUCAGCUGCACAAUAGAAGCUAAACCUUGUGCACCAAGACCUGGAAACCUAUUAUAUUUGUGGAGCAGUGUGGCAACAUGUAGUGGCACCUAGGAAAUUGCUGCAUACCAAGACCUAGUAUUGCCUGCCCGGAGCAGUAGAAGUUUUGGAGCAUCUCCCAGCUGCUGCUGCUCCCAGCAGCAGCAACAACCUGAUCCAAUCCCACCAUCAGUGCUCAGCACACUAGGGCAAUUCCCAAGGUCCAGAUACCCUGGCAGGCCCCAUUAUCAUUACUGAGCUCCUGCCUGCUAUUACCACUGAUGCCACCAGUCAUCACCACCAGUCAGUGUCCCUGGUUGCUACAAUGGUGGGAGGAGGUUUGAAAUGGGAGCCUAACGCCCAUUCGGUUAGCUCAGUGGGUGGAGCAUGAGACUCUUAACCUCAGGGUCGUAGGUUGGAGCUCCGCAUUGGGCAAAAGAUUCCUGAACUAGGUGACCCUCGUAGUCCCUUCCAACUUUGCAGUUCUAUAAUUCUAAGAAUGGUUGCUCAGCUGCAAUACAUGGCAGCCAAGUACCAUCAUAUAUCCUCCAAAUAUCCUCAUAUAUCCAUGGUGCGACAUUUGGAAUUGCAUCUGCAGAGAUGUGAGAUGGCAGCCAUAUUGUGUUAAAAAGGAGUGAUACACUCUAAAAAGAGGCAUAACAACAACAACAACUUAUUAUUUAUACCCUGCCCAUCUGGCUAGGUUUCCCCAGCCAAUCUGGGCAGCUCUCAACAGAAUAUUAUUAUUAAUAAUAAUACAGUAAUAAUAAAGGGAUAAAACAUCAAACAUUAAAAACUUCCCUAAACAUUUCCCUAAACAGGGCUGCCUUCGGAUGUCUUAAAGGUUGUGUAGUUCUUUAUCUCCUUGACAUCUGAUGGGAGAUCUUUCCACAGGGUGGGCGCCACUACCGAGACAACUCUCUGCCUGGUUCCCUGUAGCUUCACUUCUCACAGUGAGGGAACCGCCAGAAAGCCCUCAGAGCUGGACCCCAGUGUCUGGGCUGAACGAUGUGGGUGGAGAUGCUCCUUCAGGUAUACUGGGCCAAGGCCAUUUAGGGCUUUCAAGGUCAGCACCAACACUUUGAAUGGUGCUCAGAAACGUACUGUGAACCAAUGUAGGUCUUUCAGGACCCGUGUUACAUGGUCUCGGCAGCUACUCCCAGUCAGCAGUCUAGCUGCCACAUUUUGGAUUAGUUGCAGUUUCCGGGUCACCUUCAAAGGUAGCCCCACAUAGAGCGCAUUGCAGUAGUCCAAGUGGGAGACAACCAGAGCAUGCACCACUCUGGCGAGACAGUCCACGGGCAGGUAGGGUCUCAGCCUGCGUACCAGAUGGAACUAGUAGACAGCUGCCCUGUCUACAAAAGGCAAUGAGAAUCAAGGCAGGGGAGAAUGAACAAAUCAGAUGGUAAAGGUCCAAAAAGGGUGGGAAAUGGUCUUCAGAGAUCAUUAGUUGAGACGCAACCUAUGAUGUUGCAUUUCUACUGCACUGGUCUGUUCAACUUACCCAUCCCUCUUUUCUCCACACCAACUUCAACUUUUUUCUGUGAGUUUGUUUUUAAUUUUUCACCAGCUUCCAAAGAUGAGCUUCUCUCCAACAGAGUGAAUCUGACAUCUCAGAGGGCCUUGCUUCCUCAUUCUGUACAUCUCAAUUAUAUUCAGAAAUAAAUUAUCUUGUUAGCUACAUUAUUGCAUUAAGAUGACAAGUAAAUUUUAUUAUAAAAAUGUAAUGAUAAAAUAAAAGAUAUUUUAUUCAUGCAUUUAGUCCUCUCCCUCUCUCCCUCUGACAUUUAAUUAUGUCUACUGCUGCAUGGUGAUCUAAAACAUUAAUUUGCCAAAUCAACUAGAAUCAUUGGUAACGGACUGCUUUCCUAUUUUGCUUUUUAAAAACUGCAGUUUACCCCCAACUAAAAUUUGUUCGAAGGCCAAUAUCCAGAGGAGAGACGGGGGCUGGAAGAAGAUUUCGUAUAUGUGUCAGCCCUACCAUGAUAGGAAGUGAAACACACCAUUGUGGUUCACAGAUUUUGAGGUGGUAUUAUUCCCUUGCCACUAGCAGCCGUCUCCAUUUGUCCCAUUAUGUUUGAAAUAUUCAUGCAAAGCAGUCUUCCCCAAGCUGAAGCCCUCCAGAUGUUGUGGACUACCACUUCCAUCAGUCUCAGCCACCACAGCUGCGCUGUCUGAGGUCGAUGGGAUUUGUAGCUGUUAUGUACUGAAGUUCUCACCCUGAGCCAGCAGGGGGAUACUGUAGAUAGUUUUCACUCAGGUCCACAUAUGCAAAUAAGGAAUUGAAAGUGACGUUCAGUGAUUGGAUAGUUACAGAAAGUUGUUACUGUUGCGUUGUAGUGGAGCUCUAUAUAAGCAGGCUGGCUGAAGCCUUCAGUUCAGUUCUGUUCUGGCCUGUGAAUAAACAAGAGCUGUUUGAAAAAUUGCUGUGUUGUCUGAUAUGUUCACCCACAACUUAACAGUAGCCCCAAAUAUCUGGAGGCCCCAGAAUGAGGAAGGUUGGUACAAAAGAAGCAUCAUGGAAGAGAUAUGUUGUCUGAUCGGGCUGCCAUUUGCAUUGGAAAAACCAAAAGACAGAGAUUCCAAUUGUAAAGGAAGAAAUACAAUGAAAUCAUGAAAUGAGAUCUCACUGGAUUCAUAAUUGCUGCAAAAUGGUUAUAAGCAGUGGGUUUUUUUCCUAAAAAAAUGUUUAGGGGUACUCUCAUUUUGACUCAAGAAAAUCACCAUUUUAUAGAUCAAAUUGGGGGAAACAAAUACAGUAAAUGGACAAAAGUACAAAGAACAUGCAUUACCUCAUAUUAUCACACAUCCACAUUCCACACUGCUUCACACAUUAAAUGUUCGCUUCUGACUGAGACGCAGGAAACACUGGGAAAGGAAAUGAGGCCGCCAUCAGAGGUAGCAAUGGAACUGACGAUUCACCGUGCUAGAGAAGAAACUAAAUAUUUUUUAAAAAUUAGUUUCUUCUCCCGUUGGAUUCACAAAAUGUUUAGGGGUAUACGUACCCCUGCGUGCCCCCAGAAAAAAGCACUGGGUAUAAGAGACAUGAGACAUUGAAGAAGGUUGCAGAUCAACUGCUGAUUUCAAACUGGUAACAGGAAGAACAGUUUUCUUGAAAACUGUGGCCUGCAAGGUGUUUGGUAGUUCUAGUAUGUAUCGCUUAAAAUUAAACCAAUCAACUAAAAAGAAGUUGUAGAUCCCGUUUGCUGUUGCUUCCUUUAAAGUUCCAUGUCUAUGCAAACUGUGCUCUAAUCAUGAUGGCUUAUAUGCAUAAAUCUGCUUAUAACUUCUAGACAGGGCUGGAUUUAGGUUUGAUGAGGCCCUAAGUUACUGAAGGUAACGGGGCCCUUUAUAUGCCCAGCUGUCCUUUGUCAACAACAAAUUGCCGCUGUUUUUUGUGUGGAAUAUAUGCUAUAUUUAUGGACCUAAUAGGUAGCUAAAGCCAUUUGCACAUGCAGAAUGUAGACACCCUAUAUAUCGAAAUGAGCAAACCAGUGAUAUUUUAGGGAGCAGGCUAGCAGGCGGGGCCCAUUACUUACAUCAUAGGGGCCUACACAAUACAAAACGCUAUUGCUGUAUGCUGGUUUUAUUUUAUUUGUUUUUUAUCUUAUAUUAUGGAAAUGUACACCCAGGUUUUUUUGUUUUGGGGGGGCGCAAGAGAGUGGGGUCCUAAGCUAUAGCUUGUUUAGCUUAUACGUAAAUCCGGCACGGGAUGCUGGUGGCGCUGUGGGUUAAACCACAGAGCCUAGGACUUGCUGAUCAGAAGGUCGGCAGUUCGAAUUCCCGCAACGGGGUGAGCUCCCUGCUCCUGCCAACCUAGCAGUUCGAAAGCACAUCAAAGUGCAAGUAGAUAAAUAGGUACCACUCCGGCGGGAAGGUAAAGUGUGUUCUCCCUCAUGGAGAGCACAGGUUGCGGGCGGGGCUGACAAGACACCUCACUGUUACUAGGCAAAUGGUUUGGCCAUCCUGUAAGCAGGGGCGGGCUGUUACUGGGGAAAUUUAGAUGUUGCCAAUUAGUGAUUGACAGCCCUAUUUGUUAAAUACAAGGCACGCAGCAACGGACGUCCUCUUUCGCUGCAUGCUUCGGAUCACCCGCCCUCCCUUCCCUAAUGUUAGGCUGUUUGCUUGACCUUGCUAUUGCCUGUCAUGGGGUCGUCUGCUUUGGGGCAGGGGCCCAGUAGGAAUUUUGCCAUUUGGCUGAUUAGUGUGUGCCACUUGGUUUUCGCCUACCGCGUAGCAAAUCGUCACAACUUGUAAGGUUUGCGGUUAGGCAUUGGUCUGGAAUUGGUUGCUGGGGGGUAUGGAUUCGGCUGUGCCUGCCCCCCAAAAUGCUGCUGCUGGUGGAGGGGUAUGGAUUCGGCUGUGCCUGCCCCUCCAAAAUGCUGCUGCUGCUGCUGCUGAAGGGUUUUACCGUUAAAGGAACCCAGGGGCUCCCCCAUGCUUUUGUCCGAAACCCCCUGGCAAGGGGCUAGGGCCACGCAAGCCCCUGGGAGCAUGCUGGGGAGAGGUGAGGCAUGGUUCCCAGUCCCGUCUCUCUCCCCAGGUGACUUACCCUUCCUGACUUCGCGGGGGGUGCGAAUGUCAGAGCUGUCCCCGUGCGGGCGCAGUUAGUGCUACCAAUGCCUAAGCAACCACUCACAUUGCUGUAUUUGAAUAAAGUUGUGGCCAAAAUUAUGCCAAAAACGUUAAACAAAAAUUAAGUGUCAAUUGUGUUUUUCUUGGGGGGGGUCUUGGGGACCUCGACGCGCAAACGGCGUUUCCGUGCGCUGCUCUGGUUCGCCAGAAGUGGCUUAGUCAUGCUGGCCACAUGACCCGGAAGCUGUACGCCGGCUCCCUCGGCCAAUAAAGCGAGAUGAGCGCCACAACCCCAGAGUCGGUCACGACUGGACCUAAUGGUCAGGGGUCCCUUUACUUUUACCUUAAAUCCGACACUCCUUCUACACAAUAGAGACAAAGAGAGAUACGGAUAGAUUGUUACUGAAAGGACUUCCCACAAGUGCAAGAGGUUGGGGAAAACCCCAGAACAGAUUUAUAAGUGUGGGGUGGGAUGUAGUGCGAAGAGAAGGAGAAACAGGGCCCUGUUGUGUGCAGGCGGAAGUCCUUGUGGAAAUGGGACAGCUUCAUUGCAUAUAACCUAAUAAUCCCUUCAAUAAUAUCAACUGCAUAGCUUUUAUAGAUGUUGCAAGAUUGAGGAGUAUACAACUCUUUUGCCCUAUAUAUUUAAAAAGGCAUGUCUUCUCGUGAAGAGAAGAACAGAUGACAAUUUUAUAAUUCUAACGAGAGGUACCCGCAGUCCUUUAAAAGCGCCAGAGAGUUUGUGAAUAAUUUCAGCAUAAAAAUAUAUUCCCCCAAUAAUGCUGACAAGGUCACUUAUCCAACUGUGUGAACGGUAAUAUCCGUCACUGAAGUGGCAAGGAGAUAAAUUUGAUCUGACUGGCAGCAAUGGAUAAACAGCCUCUAAAACUUCCCUCAAAUCUGGUUUGUCAUAUAUGAAUUGCCACUCUUUGUCCACUUCAGAAUCUGCAUCCCACCUCGUUGGGUUCGUCUUCCUUCGGCAAUGUUGAAGAAGAAAAGCAGUGCAUUAAACAGAUCGGAAAGGCACUCCCAAUACGUAUUUCAAUUUGAAUUAAAAUCCAGUUUGCUCGGAUAGGAUGGCUACAGCCUGUCACACAAAAACCGUUAACAAUGUUUUGUUGCUCAGGAAAUAAUACAGUGGUACCUCAGGUUAAGUACUUAAUUCAUUCCAGAGGUCCGUACUUAACCUGAGACUGUUCUUAACCUGAAGCACCACUUUAGCUAAUGGGGCCUCCUGCUGCCGCUGCACCGCCAGAGCACGAUUUCUGUUCUCAUCCUGAAGUAAAGUUCUUAACCCGAGGUACUAUUUCUGGGUUGGCGGAGUCUGUAACCUGAAGCGUAUGUAACCUGAGGUACCACUGUACUGGCUCUCUUAAGCCAAUCAAGUUUCUGAUUUGGAUUCCUGGCCAUUUAAUAUUUUCACCCUUUCUAACAUUGCCUUCCCUCAGCACACAGUGUAAACAGGAAAGCCUAUCUAUAAACUUCGCUGGUACCAAGAUUGUGAUUGCUGGCAGACACAGUCCUAGGCAUAGAUGGUGCUUGGAUCAGCUGGCUAUAGAACGAACUUGCUCAUUUAGGUAUCUGGGUGUAUUCCUGAAUAAAAACCUCUCUUGGAAGUGUCAUAUGGAGACACUGAAGGGAAAGACACAGAAAAGCAUUGAGGCUUUGAUGAAGUUUUAUUACAAUCAGGGAGUGCAGCUGAUUGAACCUGCCCUUAAGAUAUUUGGAGAAAUGUUGGAGGGUAUGCAAUAUUUCCUUGCAGCUCCUUCCUUUGACCAGGGCUGGGUGCUCAUGCAGAGGCAGAAUCCACACCUAAGAUGCCCCAAGAUCUGUGGGAAUGUUAAUUGAAUUGAAAUACUUUAUUGUCACUUGUACAACUUGUCUACAGUGAGAUUACACAGGAUAGUAGGAAAGGAUAUAUUGAAUAAGUAAGCAGAGCAGAUUCCCUUCAGUAUAGCUGGAAGCUUGUUUGCAGAUCUGUUUGAAUCUCUUAGUUGAGUUUAUUCCUGGUGUCUCCCUUUUGAUCCCUCUUAAAAGAAUAAAGACACAAGAGUCUUUCUGAGUAAAGCAACAAAACGUUGACUCACAUUUCAGUUCACAGUUUGAUCCCUGAAAGGCAGACUUUACUUGGUAGUUACACAACAAACUGCGAGUUCAUCUCAUAUGGAGACUGAACUCAGGUGUUGCUGGCUGAGAGCCAGCAGACAGCAAAAAUUACAUUAAGACAACAAAAUGGCUGCAGGAGAGCAGCAAGCAAGAGAAAGUACAAGACAAUGGAGCUAGACUGAGAAAAUGGCUGCAUUUUGUGGAGUCAGCCAGGGCCACGCCCAUCUCCCAGGUCACAUGCAGGGGGAGGAUGCUCCAGACCAGUGGAACAGGAAGUUACCCUGACUGGAUGUCCCCCUGCAUGUGGCCACUCUAGGGAAAUAAGGAAUGUUGCAUUUGACUGCACCAGCGGAUUACAUCCCACAAGAUCCACCAUCAGUUGCAGACUCAUGUCCCCCUAUUGCUGGUGCAAUAAUUAUGUUGUGCUCUUGGCUAUUUCCAAUGACCUCAUGUGCAAAAGGGAGACAAAUUAGAGAUCUCCCAGUAGUUAAAAAAAAAACAAAAAAGGUAAAAGACCCCUGGACGGUCAAUUCCAGUCAAUAAGCCUGAGCUGUACUCACAUAUGAGCUUCACGGAUCUCAACCUGGGCCUCAAGAGGUCCAAACUAUACAAGGAAGAUCUGGGAACAUGAAUAGGAAACUGGUUGUUUAGUCUCCACUUCAGACAUUACAAAAAAAAAAAAAACAACAGCCACCACCCAGGGUGAACAUAGGGCAUAUGUUGUCAUCAUUGUAACAUAAGGAUGUGCAUGUUAAAUUUAAGGACUGCUGGAGCUCCAGGUCUUUCAUGUAUGCAUACGCUCCAACAUUUCUCUGAUGAGAAUAGGGACGUCCCAUUCCAUAAUGUGAAUUUUGCUGUUUAUACUCCACACAUCUUAUUGGCUUGCCCCAGCCACUCUGGGCAGCUUCCAACACAUAUAAAAACAUAAUAAAACAUUUUUUUAAAGCUUCUCUAUACAAGAUUGCCUUUGGACAGCUCGGGAGUCAAAUAACUCCAUACCCCCAAACAUUUCUACAAUGAAAAUAGGAAUGUCCUAAGGAAAAGUGGGACAUUCUGGGAUCAAAUCAGAAACCUGGAUGGAUUCUCUAAAUCAGGGAUGACCCCUGGAAAAUAGGGACACUUGGAGGGUCUGGUGUAUGAAAUAUAAGCCACCUAGAGCAUGUAUGUCUAUAAAAUGGUGGUCCCAUGGAGGAAAGAAAGAAGGACUGGUAGCAACAAAGUACUCUCAAAGGGCUUCCCUGCACACUGGUGUUUAAUUGGCCGCCUCGUGGGUUUACAGCAGGCAUAGGCAAACUUGGCCCUCCAGAUGUUUUGGGACUACAACUCCCAUCAUCCCUAGCUAACAGGACCAGUGGUCAGGGAUGAUGGGAAUUGUAGUCCCAAAACAUCUGGAGGGCCAAGUUUGCCUAUGCCUGGUUUACAGCUUUUGCUUUGCUGGGCUUUUUAUGUAUCUGUUUAUCAGGAAGCAAAUAAAAGACCAAACCUUCAAGCACUGAGUGAUUUUGAGUGGGCCAGACCCCUUCCGGCCAUCAAGUAACAGGGCUUAGUUAGAAGCUAAGAACUAUCCAAGCAAAUGGAAAGUAAACACUUCGGUUUUGCCUUGUUUUGUUUAUCCAUGCAAUUUGUAUAUCACUUAAUAUUGUAGAAGCGCUAAAUGGCGAACAUGCAAUGUACUAAAUAACAGUCACACCAGAGUUCAACAUUAAUAUUCAGUAAAGCUUUGUACAGACCUUGCUCAGGAAACUUACUAGCAGAAUUCUCAUAUACACUAUGUAUACAUACACACAUGUGUGUGCAGACAAACACAUAUUUCUGGUAUAUUUUGGAAAGUCUCUUGUUCACUGUGCAUUUCAGCACCACUUUAGAUACCAUAACCAAAUUCUGCAUGGUGAUUUCUAAGAUCAAAGAGCAGGUUUUUGUCCACGUUUAGAUACCAUCAGAUGCCAUUUUGAAUGAAGAUGGUGGGCUGAGCCUUUUGACACAGCACUGAUGGUUUUGGUUUCUUGGAAUUCCCAAACAUCAUUGAGUAUAAUUUGUGUGUGUGUGUGUGUGUGUGUGUGUGUGUGUCUGAGGGCUUCUAUUUAUAAGCCAAAAGCUUGGAGCCAAACAAAAUGUUUGUCCUGCCUCAGAAACCUCCAUUUCAAUUUGCACACAGGGCAUGAGCCGCCCAAAAGCUCUUUGACAUAAAGGCAGUUGUUCUUUCUGGAAAAUACCUUUAUUAUGAGAUGUAAUUCUGUGAUGUGGAUUGGUGUUAUAACUUAAACCACUCAUUUAUUCAUGCCACCUCACCUCUUUCUGAGAGAGUGCAAGUGAAGCACUUAAAAAAAUGAAAUGCCCCCAUGAUUACUUAGCAACUUAUUUGCGGGUUUUCCUGCCCUCCCCAUUACUAUGGAAACAAAGUGGAUAUAAUGUGCAGUGCAAGCAACGUCUGCUUCAGACCAUUAAAAGAUGUGCAAUUAUUUUAAUAGCGGGCUUCAUGGCAAACUUUCCAUUUUCAACGAAUUCUUUUUCAUAUUAAGCCCACUGCUGAUGGAGAGGAGAAAGACUAACAGCAAUCAGGAACUUGUCAGGAACCAACACGUAGUGACAAUGAACGUUGUAUUUCCCACGUAUUUUUAAGCCUUAUCAAAGCUGUCCAAAGGAACUCUCCAUCACAGAAAAUGCUCAAUACUGUACAGUGGUACCUCGGGUUACCUACGCUUCAGGUUACAGACGCUUCAGGUUACAGACUCCGCUAACCCAGAAAUAGUACCUCGGGUUAAGAACUUUGCUUCAGGAUGAGAACAGAAAUCGUGUGGUGGUGGCGUGGAGGCAGCGGGAGGCCCCAUUAGCUAAAAUGGUGUCUCAGGUUAAGAGCAGUUUCAGGUUAAGAACGGAACUCCGGAACAAAUUAAGUACUUAACCAGAGGUACCACUGUACAUACAGUUGAACUGUCUUCUGUAGUAGUUCCCACCUAUGACCCUCCAGUUCCUUUAUUUUUGCUAAAAUAUUGCUAUACUGCUUUCUCAGCAAAGCCCAUCCAAAGCAGAAUCAGAAUCAGGAGAAUCUUAAUUUGCAUCAGUCACUAACCAUGGCAAUAAAAUAAAAUAAAAUGUAGAAGAAGAAGAGUUUGGAUUUGAUAUCCCGCCUUUCACUCCCUUUAAGGAGUCUCAAAGUGGCUAACAUUCUCCUUUUCCUUCUUCCCCUACAACAAACACUCUGUGAGGUGAGUGGGGCUGAGGGACUUCAAAGAAGUGUGACUGGCCCAAGGUCACCCAGCAGCUGCAUGUGGAGGAGCGGGGAAUCGAACCCGGUUCACCAGAUUACGAGUCUACCGCUCAAUGUACUGAAGAUAGAGGUAAAAACUACUACUUUGGGGAUUUGCAUCAAUAAUCAAAUAAUAGAUCUUAUUCUAACUGCCCAUGCUAAAAUCCUUGCAGUUUUUUGCUGAGACCUGAUCAUCUUGAUCUGCUAAAAGUAAAGACACAGUAGCAAUGGUUGAGUGACCCAGCGUGGAUAAUAAUAGAGGGGUCAUAAACGCACUCCUCAAAUAUUUAUAAAGAGUGCAAGCCAGAAGCCCAUGAGCCACAGACUCAAUACUGCCAUCUCCACAGGGACAUAACCCAUCCAAAGCAACUUACAACAAUAAUAAGGGAUGCAGGUGGCGCUGUGGUCUAAAGCACUGAGCCUCUUGGACUUGCCGAUUGGAAGGUCGGUGGUUCAAAUCCAUGCAACAGGGUCAGCUCCCGUUGCUCUGUCCCAGCUCCUGCCAACCUAGCAGUUCGAAAGCACGCCAGUGCAAGUAGAUAAAUAGGUACCACUCUGGCGGGAAGGUAAACGGUGUUUCUGUGUGCUCUGGUUUCUGUCACGGUGUCCUGUUGCUCCAGAAGCGGUUUAGCCAUGCUGGCCACAUGACCUGGAAAGCUGUCUGUGGACAAACGCCGGCUCCCUCGGCUUGAAAGCGAGAUGAGCGCUGCAACCCCAUAGUUGCCUUUGACUGGACUUAACCAUUGAGGGUUCCUUUCCCUUUUUUUUUUUACCUUUACAACAAUAAUAAUUGCCUGUAUAAAAAGUCAGUGUUAACCAAUAAUAAAAUAUUGAUUUAAAAAAAUAAACAAAACAGAACUUCAAUAGCAUAAGAGUAUCCCAGCCUCCAUUUAGUGAGGACCAAGAAUGUCACAGGGAAGGCCAGUCAAAAUAUGUUGUUGUUGUUUAGUCAUUUAGUCGUGUCCGACUCUUCGUGACCCCAUGGACCAGAGCACGCCAGGCACUUCUGUCUUCCACUGCCUCCCACAGUUUGGUCAAACUCAUGCUGGUAGCUUCAAGAACACUGUCCAACCAUCUCGUCCUCUGUCCUCCCCUUCUCCUUGUGCCCUCCAUCUUUCCCAACAUCAGGGUCUUUUCCAGGGAGUCUUCUCUUCUCAUGAGGUGGCCAAAGUAUUGGAGCCUCAGCUUAGGAUCUGUCCUUCCAGUCAGCACUCAGGGCUGAUUUCCUUCAGAAUGGAGAGGUUUGAUCUUCUUGCAGUCCAUGGGACUCUCAAGAGUCUCCUCCAGCACCAUAAUUCAAAAGCAUCAAUUCUUCGGCAAUCAGCCUUCUUUAUGGUCCAGCUCUCACUUCCAUACAUCACUACUGGGAAAACCAUAGCUUUAACUAUACGGACCUUUGUUGGCAAGGUGAUGUCUCUGCUGUCAAAAUAUGAAUGGACUCCAAACUCCCAUUCAACUCCAACCAACAUGGUUGGUGGGAUAUGUCUAACAUCUGAAGGCUCACAGGUUCCCCAUUCCUGCAGCCCAAGGGGAGGGUCUCUUCUGUCAAAGGCUCCCUUUGUUGAAUCACCUCCCUCCUGAAACACAACAUAAACAAGUUUUGAGUGCUUGCAAAAAUCACACUUGCUCCCUCAGGUAUUUGCUGCUCCUUGCUACCAAGCUUACUGGACUGUUGUUAUAUUCAUAGAAUCAUAGAAUCAUAGAGUUGGAAGAGACCACAAGGGCCUUCGAGUCCAACCCCCUGCCAAGCAGGAAACACCAUCAGAGCACUCCUGACAUAUGGUUGUCAAGCCUCUGCUUAAAGACCUCCAAAGAAGGAGACUCCACCACACUCCUUGGCAGCAAAUUCCACUGUCAAACAGCUCUUACUGUCAGGAAGUUCUUCCUAAUGUUUAGGUGGAAUCUUCUUUCUUGUAGUUUGGAUCCAUUGCUCCGUGUCCGCUUCUCUGGAGCAGCAGAAAACCACCUUUCUCCCUCCUCUAUGUGACAUCCUUUUAUAUAUUUGAACAUGGCUAUUAUAUCACCCCUUAACCUCCUCUUCUCCAGGCUAAACAUGCCCAGCUCCCUUAGCCGUUCUUCAUAAGGCACCGUUUCCAGGCCUUUGACCAUUUUGGUUGCCCUCCUCUGGACACGUUCCAGUUUGUCAGUGUCCUUCUUGAACUGUGGUGCCCAGAACUGGACACAGUACUCCAGGUGAGGUCUGACCAGAGCAGAAUACAGUGGCACUAUUACUUCCCUUGAUCUAGAUGCUAUACUCCUAUUGAUGCAGCCCAGAAUUGCAUUGGCUUUUUUAGCUACCGCGUCACACUGUUGGCUCAUGUUUUUAUAUGCUAUUUUAUAUGUUUUUAUAGGCUUUAUAUGUUUUUAUAUGUUUUAUAUGUUUUUAUAUGUUUUUAUAGGCUCAUAUUUUUAUAUGCUAUGGAUUUUUAAUGAGUGGUGGUAUGCAAAUGUUUUAUAUAUGGCAAUAAAGUCAGGAGAGAGGGAUGGUUCUGCCAAAAGAACUUCCCCGCCCAAAGGAAUGCACACUGCAGAAAAAGAAGGGGAAAUCUUUUGAGAAAGAAGCGAAAUCUUUUUUCUUUUCCAGGGCUUGGGGAGAAAGGAAAUGAGGGCUAAGCUGGCUCCACAGUUCUUUCUACUCUAUAUUGUAUUUUUAUUUAUGUUAUUGGUUUUUUAUUGGUUUUUAUGGUUGUCAAUGUUCUUUGGUUGCGCUGUGAGCUACCUGGGGUCCCAUUCGGGCCAGAAAUGGCGAGAUAGAUCAUUUUAAAUAAAUAAAUAAAAAUGAAGGUUAACGCUACAAUUGGGCUUUAUGACCAGAGGGAGACUUUGCUUUUCCUUGUUUCCAGAGAGAGAGAUUGCACACACACACACACACACACACACACACACACACUUACUUUUGUUCUAUAUUAGUGCUACAGUGGUAAAAUAUAAACAGUUCUUUAAAAGUGAGAAAAUGGGGAGGGAAUCUGUAUACUGUACAGUGGUAUCUCUGGUUACGUACUUAAUUCGUUCCAGAGGUCCGUUCUUAACCUGAAACUGUUCUUAACCUGAAGCACCACUUUAGCUAAUGGGGUCUCCCACUGCCGCUGCACCGCCACUGCCACGCAAUUUCUGUUCUCAUCCUGAAGCAAAGUUCUUAACCCAAGGAACUAUUUCUGGGUUAGCAGAGUCUGCAACCUGAAGCAUAUAUAACCUGAAGCGUAUGUAACCUGAGGUACCACUGUAUAUCCAAGAGUGGGCUGAUAGACUGGCCUUUAUGACAACUACCUGCAAUGGGGCCUGCAGGUCUACAGCAAUAUUGCAAAAUGUUCUUUCUACUCAAUAAGAUAUGGAGAAUUUCUUUACAAGCUGCAACCAGGGGUGAACAAAUCAAUCUCUUUCAAGCCCAUGUCAUUUUCAGCUGAACUCAUACCUAAGUCCAUGCAGUCCUGACUCCAUGUUAAUUUGUGAUUAACAACAACUAAUUGAAAUACGUAUUUUAACAUUUCCCCCCCCCAAAAAAACAUGCAUUUCUAAACAUACUUUGUUUCAAAACUCACACUGUUAAAAAGGGAGGUAUUCUGGAAUGUGUGUUUGGGUUAAUGUUUAUAAAGUAGAGAACUACAGUGGAAUGUUUAGAAAGUACAAAAGCCUGUGGCUUCUCAACUGUGCUUCAUAUUGGAAUUUGCCAAUCAAAUUUCCCAACAACGAGACUGACUGAAAACACCACACACAGUGCAAAGAAAAAGAAGGGACCUUUUAUCAUAUGUUUAAUGCAUAUGUUUAAUACAUAUGUUGUAAUGAAAUCAAAAAGUUUUGGGAAAUGAUAUAUAACAAACUGAAGAAAAUGUUCCAAUUAACAUUUUUUUAAAAAUCGGAAGCAUUUUUGUUAGGGAUUGUAGGAAAAGACCUGCCAAGGAAAUUGAAAAAUAUCUUUAUGUAUGUGACAACAGCGGCAAGAGUCUUAAUAGCACAAGGAUGGAAGAACGAGGAAAUCCCGACUAAAGAACUAUUGGCAAAACCUAUUUGGUGUUUCACAACUUUCUGAUUAGUUGCAGGACCUUAGCCAGACCUAGCAGAGUAAAUGCAGAAUCCACGGAAGCAAUUGGCAACUUGGCUGCAGACAGGAUAGACGAAGCAGGAACCAGGAACUUGUAGUUAGGUGUUUAUUAUAUGCAGUGGACUAUUUACAGGAACAGAACACAGAUCUUUUGCUAGCUCUCUCUGACACGACUCACAACUCCUACACUGACACACAGAACUAUUGAACUUCUGAACACUGAACUCACGCAUUCCAGUUAGUAGGCCAUUAAUUAUCACUCCCUUGAGAGAGCUUGACCAAUCAGGGAGCUGUCUCCAUGUCUCUGUUAUCUCCAGGCAGACUUACUCCUUCAGAUUGCCUUCCGGCUGUCUGCCAAACUUUAAUUGACUCUGUGUGAGUAGCUGCACAUACACAGUUUCCCAACAAGAACUAUGGCAAGAGAAAUUGAUGGACUACGCAGAAUUGGCAAAAUUGACAGAUAAACUACAAGGAUAACUGUGAUUUUAAAGAUGAAUGGGAACCCUUUCCAAAGUAUUUAAAGAAACAACAAAAUGAACUGGACUCCUUGGCAGGCUUUGAAUAAACAUUCACAAACUUUUUAUUGAUAACAUUCAGAUAGAUUAAUUAAGGAUCUGUACAGUUAUGUAACAGGCAGAAAAUAACAUAUGUUGAUAAACCAGAGAGAGGAGCUGAGGGAAGUCUGGGGGGGUUAUGUUUUUGGGGAGGUGGGAGGGGAAAAACAGGAGGGGAAUUUAAGGAUGAUAUGUUUUUUGAUAAAAUGUGAUGUUGAAAUUACUAAUAAAAAUAAUUUUAAAAGGGGGGGAGAGAAAAAAAGAAAACACCACACACAGAUUUCCCCCCAGUUCCCAUUAGCCAGCAAAAAAAUCAGACCUCUCCCUCUCAUUUUGCCCUGAGAAAAGUGGGGAAGAAAGAAAAAGACCUGACAAGCUACCACUAUCCAAUGGAGACCUUACUCUCAUCCAAUGGUUAUCACAGGGGCAGCUGAAGAACCAUCUUGCCCUGAGACAGGCCAGCAGGAAGCAAGCACACCCCGAAAUGAGUUCAUCCCCCCUGAGCCUCCCAAUUGUUGGUUUCUGUCAGUAAUAUAUACCAUUUUUCUUUCAGAGAUCUUAACAUAUGGGGUACAGCUCACCCAUCCAGAAAUAAAGUCGUACCUUGGUUCUCAAACAGUUAAGUUCCCAAACGUUUUGGCUCCCCAAAAAGCUGGAUUUAGGUUUGAUGAGGCCCUAAGCUACUGAAGGUAAUGGGGCCCAUAUAUAUAUAUAGAGAGAGAGAGAGAGAGAGAGAGAGAGAGAGAUAAUUUUAUUAGUUUUUUAACAUACCAUUUUCAGCAGUAAUUAAACAUAUUUUUUACAUCUUAUUCAAUUUUUUUGACUUCCCUCAAUUUUUUUGACUUCCCUCAGUCCUGUCUGAAAAUUUUCCAAUCUAAUCUCUUAGUAUGCAUUUCUUAUUUUCCCUAUUACAUUGGAACCUUAUAACCAAUAUCUCUAUCUUUUUCUACUUUGUAACACUUUGUAUAUUUCUCCUUACAAAACUUCUUGUAGUCCUACUAGUGUAAUUUGUUGAUUACAGUUGCUCUUCAAAUAGUUUGUAUAUUUCUUCCAAUCUUCUGUAAAUUUCUGGUCCCACAGGUUUCGAAUCCUUCCUGUCAUUUUGUCCAAUUCUGCACAGUCCAUUAAUGGGGCCCUUUAUAUGUCCAGCUAUCCUUUGUCAACAACAAAUUGUCGCUGUUUUUUUGUGUUGAAUAUAUGUUAUAUGGUAAUUUAUGGACCUAAUAGGCAUCUAAAGCCAUUUGCAUAUAACAAAAUAUGUAUUUUAUCAAACUAAUUGUUGAACUGAAAUACAAUUAAGAAGAACUAUCUUAUAUUUUGGAAAUGUACAUCCAAUUUUUUUCCUUUAGCUUAUACGUAAAUAGAGCACUGCUCCCAAAUGCCGCAAACCUGGAAGUGACUAUUCCGGGGGGGCCACUAGGGGGCGCAUUGGAAGAUGGCCGACAAUACCAUCUCUCCGACCCACACGGGGUAAUUAAGAGGCUGUUAUGGGAGUAGACAGCCUCCCUUGUUGCCCCAAGGAAAUGGGGAACACUGCCCUUGCCUGCUGUGCCCAUAAAUCACCCCCUAAUUCGAAAGAAGGGGGUGAGGGCCCUAGGCAGAAUGCCCCCAUGUGGACCUCGGCUCUCCUGGACGCUGUCUCUGAUCGCGCACUAGUUGCAGCAAUUUGGAAUAAUUAAUUACAAAAGAAGCAAAUGCACAUAUUUCAAGUGAAGAAGGGGAGUGAAGUCUGCUAAUUUAAGUGACCUCUGCGAAAGAAGACGACGGGCUGGAGAAACAGGAAUAUUUUACAAUGAAGAUACACCAAAGGCGGGGUAUGUUGACAACGGGGCUGAAUGGGGGGGGACACCUUUUUUACUUUCCUUCUAUGUGAUUUACAAGAACCCCUCCUCAUUAGAACCGUCGGUUUAAAGGACCCAAGCAGGAUGAUUAAGGUCUGUGUGGAGAUAAACUUUAACCAAAAGUAUGCUUUAUGGAGACCGAGAAGCAAUAAGAGCUUUUGGGAAUGGUGCAACAAUUAAUUCGGAGUCACCAUCUUGCCAAAGGAUUUAUAGCCGGGAGGAAGAACGGAUUUGCUUUCAGACUGCAUUCCUAAUGAAUCUCCUCAGAGGUUUUGAAGCUAAGACUGUUUUGAUGUAUGGAAGUGAUGUUAUAUGGAAAACGUCUGGAUAUGGCUACUGGAUAAAAAAAAUAAUAUCCACGCAGGAUUACAAACUGUUCUAACCAGCUUGCGGAGACUAUCAGAGGUCACAAAGAGAAAGGAAAAAUAUAUGAAAAGAACAACAAGAGAUGUGGAAAAAUAAUAAGAAAGGACUGGAUAGUACUGUGAACAUCAUAAGGUUAGAUUUGUGGACAUUAAAACAGCAGUAAGAAGCAAGAAGUUGAUUGGAUCCCUUCGGAACUUGAAAUAUGGGUACCCCCAACAAAAAUUUAAAAUUUGGCUGUGUAAUUUGGAAUUUAUGUAAUUUGGUUUGAUUUGAUGUGAUUGGUCGGUUAAUAAAAAAUUAUUCUUAAAAAAAAAAAGGAAGUGACUAUUCCGGUUUGUGAACUAUUUUUAGAAGCCAAACAUCCAAUGGGGUUUCCGCGGCUUCUGAUUGGCUGCAGGAAGUUCCUGCAGCCAAUCAGAAGCCACGCUUUGGUUUUCGAACAUUUUGGAAGUCGAACGGACUUCCAGAACAAAUUACUUUCGACUUCCAAGGUACAACUGUAUACUGUCCCCUUCUGUGUGCCGCUCAAAUCUUUUUUUCUGGUGCUGCCACUACGCUGAGAGGAGCAGAGAAGAAGCAGUACAGCUUUGCAGUACAGCUUUGUCUAAACAAUAGCCAUCUUUUCCAUUGUGUUGUAACUUCCAAUUUUAAAAAAAAUAUGAUCAUAAUCAUCUUAUGAAAACUAUUUUCUGAGGUCUAUCUGAAAAGCAGUGUGUAUACCAGAAGCAUUUUUACUUGUUAGUAUAAGUGAGGAUAUUAAUAGACAGGAUGUUAAAUUGUUUUUAUAUGCAACAACAGCUGCAAGAGUACUGUUGGCCUAGAAAUGGAAGCAAGAAGAAAUACCGACUAAAGAAGAAUGGCAAAUAAAAUUAAUGGACUACGCAGAAUUGGAUAAAAUGACAGGAAGGAUUCGAAACCUGCGGGACCAGAGAUUUAUGGAAGAUUGGAAGAAAUAUACGAACUAUUUGAAGAGCAACUGUAAUCAACAAAUUACGCUAGUAGGACUACAAGAAGUUUUGUAAGGAGAAAUAUAUGAAAUAUUGCAAAGAAGAGAUAGAAGAGAGACAUUAGUUAGGAGAUUUAAAUGUAAUAGUGAAAGUAAGAAAUGUAAAUUAAGUGAAAAGAUUGGAAAAUUUUCAGAUGUGAUUGUUGGAAGAUAUAACAGAAUGUUUAAUAAUUGUUGAAAAUUAUAUGUUAAAAAAUUAAUUAUUUUUAUUAAAAAAAAAGAAAAGAAAAGCAGUAUGUAUAAGAGCCAUAAAUAUUAUCCGCCACCCUAAAAGUUGAGUGACUUUCUUUUCAGAAAGCAGCACUUCCAGAGGGGGAAGUACUUGCAGAAACUGACCGACUGGUUGGAAUAAACCAAUUUGGCUUAUAAGGUUAGUUGUCUGCAGCUGGUCUCUCUGGAUGUCUCUGCAAUAAACAAGGUUUUGAUAUAAGGCAACAUAUGGUGCCUGAAGUUUGCAAUGCCUUUGCUGCCAGUCAAUGGAAUGGAAUUACGGAAACUUACUCCAGAGGUCCGGAUGGUAUGAGAGGAGCAGCACAGGUAAUGUUUAAAACACCAUCUACUUGUGUAAAUGAAAGCUGUCAAGACUCAUAGAAAUAAAUUGGAGGGGAAAGUAGCUCUCUUGUGUAUUGCUGAGAGAGCCUGAGGGUAUUGGUGCAUAAAAAAAGCCUCACAGUGAGAAUGAAGAGCAGAAAAAUUCUAUUAUGCCUGCAAAGAGAUAACAGCCAGUGCUGUGUACUGCUGAAACACUAGAAUAUUGUGUUUAGGGGUUGAAUGCGACGGCUUCUGAAUUCACCUAAGUCUGCAGUCCUGCAAAGUUACUGAAAAGCAAGCUCCAUUGAUAUCAACAGGACUUUUUGAGAAAACAUGCAUAGCAUUCUGCUGUAACUAACUCAAGGAAGUAGAGAGAGCCCAUUCACAUGAAGGCAGGCCUGUACUGGGAAGGUUUUAAUGCUGGAUGUUAUAUUAUGUUUUUAUAUGUGUUGGAAGCUGCCCAGAGUGGCUGGGGAAACCCAGCCAGAUGGGUGAGGUAUAAAUAAUAAAAUGACGAUGAUGACAAAGUGAACAGUCGUACCUUGGAUCCCAAAUGCCUUGCGAGUUGAACGUUUUGGCUCCCGAAUGCCGCAAACCCAGACGUGAGUGUUCCAGUUUGCGAACGUUUUUUGGAACCCGAACGUCUGACGGGGCUUCCGCGGCUUCCAAUUGGCUGCAGGAGCUUCCUACAGCCAAUCAGAAGCCGUGCUUUGGUUUCCGAACAUUUUGGAAGUCAAACGGACUUCUUGAAUGGAUUCCAUUCGACUUCCAAGGUACAAGUGUAGCAGGAAACUGUUAGGUCACAUCCACUCCUUGCUUUUUGUUAAGGGUGCUGAAAGCUGUUAGGAGACCCAUCACAGAUCUACAAGUCCCGUUACCCUUACCAAACAAGAGUUUCCAGGACUCUAGGUUCUUUUGGGGAAGUCAAAGUUGUAUGAAUGGCUUUUAAAAUUAAAACAGAAGGGGGAAAAGAAGCCUGGCAAUGCAGAUAUCCAAACAAAAUGCACAAUGCAUCAUGGGAUGUCUAGUUCAUCCAAAAAUGCUAAGCAUAUUUUCGUGACUGAAAACUGUAUUUGCAGCCACCAGUUCCAUUGCUUCAUUAUUCCUCGUGAGCAGAGGGUAAGGAAAACCCAGGACAUUAUUGCCUAAUAAUAACUUUUUUCUUCUUCUUUUUUCCUUUGGCAGGAAAGGCAUUAUCCAUUUGGGGAAAGCUGUUGUCAGAAUUCUCAAGUAAAAAGAGCCUCUUCUGAAUCACACUGAAGAAGAAACUAACUUUGAAUAAGGGGGAAAGAAGAAUCAGCCCUUAAGCUACUGUCUGUUACUAGUCAGCUUGGAACCUGCCUCCUUCCCUCCGAUUCCUCGCUACCACAUUCAAGAAACACUAUUUAAAAAAGGAGACGACUGUCCACCUUGAGGUUUAGUACCUGGAGAUGUAUCUGAUGAAGCAGGUUUGUAUACAGGGCCUUUCUGAAAACAGCACAACAACAAUCAAACAGGUUUUACUUGAUUGACUAGGGCUUGUGUACAUGCCAUCUCUUUAAAACACAUUCUUCCCUUCAAAUAAUUUUGGUCACUCCAGCUAGCCAGGGGUUUCUGGGAACUGCAACUCUGCGAAGGGCAAACGACAGUGCCUAGAACUCUUUGAGGGAAAGGAUAGGCUUCAAAAUGAGAAUAAUUAUUAUUAUUAUUAUUAUUAUUAUUAUUAUUAUUAUUAUUAUUUAUUAUUUAUACCCCGCCCAUCUGGCUGGGUUUCCCCAGCCACUCUGCGCAGCUUCCAACAAAACACUAAAAUACAAUAACCUAUUAAACAUUAAAAGCUUCCCUAAACAGGGUUGCCUUCAGAUGUCUUCUAAAAGUUUGGUAGUUAUUUUUCUCUUUGACAUCUGAUGGGAGGGUGUUCCACAGGGUGGGUGCCACUACCGAGAAGGCCCUCUGCCUGGUUCCCUGUAACUUGGCUUCUCCUAGUGAGGGAACUGCCAGAAGGCCCUCGGCGCUGGACCUCAGUGUCCAGGCUGAACGAUGGAAGUGGAGACACUCUAUUUGGGGGUACCAAAUGUUGGCCUCGCACAGGGCGCCAUAUUGCAAAAGGUUACCAAAGUCUGCCCCUUUCCAUGUCCAGGCCUUCAGAUAAAGCUGAGGGGAAGAUUUCCUGGCGCAACUACCCUCCAAUGGGGCCGUUUCAUAUCAGGAAGCCUAGGAAGCCAGUGGCACUUAAAACUGCUGGGGAAAUAUUUGACGGAAAGAAAAUAUCACAUGCCACCUCACGGCAAUAAGGUAAGCUCCACCCCACACCUACCAAAAUUAUGAAGUCCAGGUUCCUAAGACAGUAAUUGCUGGAAGUGUAAGCAGGUAUAUGGAUAUUUUCCCCCAUGUGUGGUAUACUUGUAAGAAAGUGAGGGUAUUUGGGGAAAUGAUACAUGAUG